AGAAAGAUGCUCCUUCAAGGUGGCAAUGCUGUUGACGCGGCCAUCGCUGCCCUUGUCUGUUCCGGUCUGACCAGUCCACAGUCUAUGGGCAUUGGAGGGGGCUUCUUCAUGACCAUAUAUAACAGGUCAGACCUUUCUUUCUGUGGGAAUAGAAUUUGGGUUCUUCAUGACCAUAUAUAACAGGUGAGACCUUUCUUUCUGUGGGAAUAGAAGUUGGGUUCUUCAUGGCCUAAUAUAACAGGUGAGACCUUUCUUUCUGUGGGAAUAGAAAUUGGGUUCUUCAUGACCAUAUAUAUUAGGUGAGACCUUUCUUUCUGUGGGAAUAGAAGUUGGGUUCUUCAUGACCAUAUAUAACAGGUGAGACCUUUCUUUCUGUGGGAAUAGAAGUUGGGUUCUUCAUGACCAUAUAUAACAGAUGAGACCUUUCUUUUUGUGGGAAUAGAAGUUGGGUUCUUCAUGACCAUAUAUAACAAAUGAGACCUUUCUUUUUGUGGGAAUAGAAGUUGGGUUCUUCAUGACCAUAUAUAACAGGUGAGACCUUUCUUUCUGUGGGAAUAGAAGUUGGGUUCUUCAUGACCAUAUAUAACAGGUGAGACCUUUCUUUCUAUGGGAAUAGAAGUUGGGUUCUUCAUGACCAUAUAUAACAGGUGAGACCUUUCUUUCUGUGGGAAUAGAAGUUGGGUUCUUCAUGACCAUAUAUAACAGGUGAUACCUUUCUUUUUGUGGGAAUAGAAGUUGGGUUCUCCAUGACCAUAUAUAACAGGUGAGACCUUUCUUUCUGUGGGAAUAGAAGUUGGGUUCUUCAUGACCAUAUAUAACAGGUGAGACCUUUCUUUCUGUGGGAAUAGAAGUUGGGUUCUUCAUGACCAUAUAUAACAGGUGAGACCUUUCUUUCUGUGGGAAUAGAAGUUGGGUUCUUCAUGACCAUAUAUAACAUGUGAGACCUUUCUUUUUGUGGGAAUAGAAGUUGGGUUCUUCAUGGCCAAAUAUAACAGGUGAGACCUUUCUUUCUGUGGGCAUAGAAGGGGGGGGGGUUUUUCAUGACCAUAUAUAACAGGUGAGACCUUUCUUCCUGUGGGCAUGGGAGGGGGGGUUCUUGUUAUUCAAUACACUUUUAUUUUAACUGUCAUCAUGUGAAAGACUAACGCGUGAGAUACACUUAGUUGAUGUCGAUUUUUAUAGCUAUGUACCAGUAUAUCUAUGUACCAAUGUAUCUUUGUACCAAUGUACAUAUAUAACUAUGUACCAAUGUACCAAUGGACCAAUAUAUCUAUGUACCAAUGUACCAAUAUAUCUAUGUACCAAUGUACCAAUGUACCUAUUUAUCUAUGUACCAAUGUACCAAUGUACCUAUAUAUAUAUGUGCUAUGUACCAAUGCACCUUUAUACCUGCAAUGUACCUAUGUACAUAUAUACCUAUGAACCAAUGUACCUAAAUACCAAUGUACCUAUGCACCAGUUGAGACGUUUGGUCAAUGGCACAAGGAAGUUCUAACUUCCCAAACAUCAACUCUGUCAAGGUCAAGCGUCUCUUGGGUGCCAGGCGUACUACACGUUAUAAGCGUAGGGAUACAAAGGGAAAGGGGGGGUAGUUCGGUAGUUUGUGCAGUUGGUCAGUUGGUCAGUGGAGCAGGGAGAGCGAGUGGGGCAGGACGCGGACUGCAUCAGUGUUAGUGUUAUUGUUAGUUGGUGUUAGUAGUGUGCAAGUAGUAAAUAGUAAAGUGUUGUGAUCCAUGUAGUAUGUGUGGUUCUUUGGCUAAGCUUGUUAGCAGAACCCACAUGACUAAUGGGAGAACUGGUUAGAUUAGAAGUUAGUAGAAUAAAAGCUCAUUAUUAAUAACUGGGAAGAACUCUUGCGUCAAGUCUUCAUGUACUCAAUGUGUACAUUGUGUAUCAGUAUCAAAUACCCCUAGACAACGAAGCAUACGAACUAGAUUCGUGACAAAUUAAUGAGUUACCCCAACACAAAAGAUCAGAAUUAACUUGACCAUAUGCAUUUGCAUAUACAGACUCCUUAAAUAACCUUACACUGACCUAAGAGUAUAUUACAGCCUCCUUAAAUAUCCUUACACUGACCUAAGAGUAUAUUACAGCCUCCUUUAAUAACCUUACACUGACCUAAGAGUAUUUUACAGCCUUCUUAAAUAUCCUUACACUGACCUAAGAGUAUAUUACAGCCUCCUUAAAUAACCUUACACUGACCUAAGAGUAUAUUACAGCCUCCUUAAAUAACCUUACACUGACCUAAGAGUAUAUUACAGCCUCCUUAAAUAACCUUACACUGACCUAAGAGUAUAUUACAGCCUCCUUAAAUAUCCUUACACUGACCUAAGAGUAUAUUACAGCCUUCUUAAAUAACCUUACACUGACCUAAGAGUAUAUUACAGCCUCCAUAAAUAACCUUACACUGACCUAAGAGUAUAUUACAGCCUUCUUAAAUAACCUUACACUGACCUAAGAGUAUAUUACAGCCCUACUAAAUACAAGUGAGUUGAAGGACAAUUAUAAUACAAGUGAUUUAAUGGCGAUUAAAAUACAAGUGAGUUGAAGGAGAAUUAUAAUUGAAGUAAGUUGAAGGAGAAGAUUGGAUCAAUAAUGAAUGAGGUCAAAAUCCUUUAUUUCAGAACAACCCGUAGAAGCACCAUUAUAGACGCCAGGGAGACAGCACCAGAGAAAGCGACAUUUGAUAUGUUCGUAGGAAAGCCGAAAUCAGCUUCAGCUAUUGGUAGGUGACGACAUUCAUUAUGCCUACAUAGAACUUCAUCUUUGGUUUUAUGUAGAUCAUGACACAGGUAGUUUGACACAGUGAAGGCUACUCACACUUUGGCUUGAUGUAGGUCAUGAUAUAGGUAUGUUGAUACAUUGAAGGCUACUCACAAUUUGACUUUAUGUAGGUCAUGCUAUAGGUAGGUUGAUACAGUGAAGGCUGCUCACACUUUGGCUUUAUGUAGGCCAUGACAAGAUAACUUGACAUAGAGUACUCAAGCAUUGGCUUAUGUAUGCCUUUGUUGUGAUGUCAUUAAGUAAGCCUAAUUUAUAGCAGCAUCAAAUAUUUGUUACUUAAUGAAGUCCGCUAAUAACGCACUUCGCCUUAAUGAAACACUUUCGGAUAUAAGGCGGGCAGGGCAGGGCAGGGCAUUUCUUAAUGUACAUUAAACAAACCAUAUAUAUAUAUAUAUAUAUAUAUAUACAUAUAAUUUAAAUAUUGACUUCAUUGUAACGAUGAUAAGUCACGUGUCUGUUGAAUGGGCCCCCUGUCACUUUUCGGUUAUGAGCGACCUUCAUAUUUUAAAUAUUACAAUUUGGGCCCCUUAGUUAUCCGAGAUUCCUACAGCCUCAUGAAAAAGGGAUUUGGUGGGGGGGGUGGGGGUGGGGCUGCAGGGCCAACACGACGGCUUAGUGGAGAACUAAACUAUUUCAAAUUCAGACAUCAUUUGACACUACAGUAUAUAGUGGCAUAAGUGUCCUUGAUGUCAUAUGGGUUUCGUCAUAAGCCCAUGAUGUAACAUAGUUUUUCUCAGUGGCUCAAAUCUUCUUAAAUGGAUAUUCAUUUACCAAAUAAUCAGAAUGUCCCACUAUACCUUAGAUUGUCCCAAAUUAUAUACAAUUUUCCCACAAUACCUCAGAUGGUCUCACAAUAUCUUAGAUUUUCCCAAAAUAAUCAGAUUGUCCCACAAUUUAUCAGCUUGCCCCCCAAUAUCUCAGAUUGUUCCACACUAUCUCAGAUUGUUCCACACUAUCGCAGAUAGUACCACACCAUCUCAGAUUGUCCUACAAUAUCUCAGAUGGCCACACAGUUAUCAGAUUGUACCACAUUACCUCGGAAUGUCCCACAGCAUAUUAAAUAGUCCCCCAGCAUCUCAAAUUCUCCAGUUUGGAUAGUCAUAUCAAGAGUGACUGACUGUCGACCAAAGAGAUCUACGACAAUCUAAAUCCAGAACCACUUCCAAACUUGUCGCGUCCCGUUGAUCAAUAUAACUGGUUGCUGGAUGGUCCAGUAGAGCUCAGUUUACAUGUACAGAUAUUAAUUCGAUAACUUGUGUUUGACUUCUUACAGGCCAACUGAGUAUCGCUAUUCCUAGUGAAAUCAAAGGCUAUUGGUUCGCCCAUCAGAAGUACGGUCGCCUCCCGUGGAAGAUUCUCUUUCAAGACUCCAUCAGAAUGGCGUCAUACGGUUUCACUGUUCCUAUAGGGCUCCACAGUGCGAUAAUGGAUGCGAAGCUUCUGUUGUUGGCAGAACCAAGUCUAAAGUAAGCCAUUUGCUGGGAGAGUUUAUGUGUCAAACGAUCAGAUCGCCAGGUGAACACUAAACAACACCUGGAUAGAAAGGGGUUUUGUUUAAGCUCGCUUUGACGUUUUGUCUUCAUAAUUUGUUUUAAAGAUAUCAAAAGUUGAAAAAAAAAUGUCGGAGGAUGUUUACUUGAACCCGCCCUGUUAACAUAAAUCUGAAUUGUUAACUUACCUGCCCUGUUAACUUAAAUCUGAAUUGUUAACUUACCUGCCCUGUUAACUUAAAUCUGAAUUGUUAACUUACCUGCCCUGUUAACUUAAAUCUGAAUUGUUAACUUACCUGCCCUGUUAACAUAAAUCUGAAUUGUUAACUUACCUGCCAAGUUAACUUAAAUCUGAAUUGUUAACUUACCUGCCCUGUUAACAUAAAUCUGAAUUGUUAAAUUACCUGCCCUGUUAACUUAAAUCUGAAUUGUUAACUUACCUGCCCUGUUAACAUAAAUCUGAAUUGUUAACUUACCUGCCUUGUUAACAUAAAUCUGAAUUGUUAACUAACCUGCCCUGUUAACAUCAAUCUGAAUUGUUAGCUUACCUGCCCUGUUAACUUAAAUCUGAAUUGUUAGCUUACCCGCCCUGUUACCUUAAAUCUGAAUUGUAAGCUUACCCGCCCUGUAACCUUAAAUCUGAAUUGUUAUCUUACCUGCCCUGUUAACUUAAAUCUGAAUUGUUAGCUUACCUGCUCUGUUACCUUCAAUCUAAAUUGUUAGCUUACCUGUCCUGUUACCUUAAAUCUGAAUUGUUAACUUACCUGCCCUGUUACCUUAAAUUUGAAUCGUUAGCUUACCCGCCAUUUUACCUUAAAUCUGAAUUGUUAACUUACCUGCCCUGUUAACUUAAAUCUGAAUUGUUAACUUACCCGCCCUGUUAACAUACAUCUGAAUUGUUAACUUACCCGCCCUGUUAACUUAAAUCUGAAUUGUUAACUUACCUGCCCUGUUAACUUCAAUCUGAAUUGUUAACUUAACUGCCCUGUUAAGUUAAAUCUGAAUUGUUAACUUACCUGCCCUGUUAACUUAAAUCUGAAUUGUUAACUUACCCGCCCUGUUAACAUAAAUCUGAAUUGUUAGCUUACCUGCCCUGUUAACUUAAAUCUGAAUUGUUAACUUACCUGCCCUGUUACCUUAAAUCUGAAUUGUUAACUUACCUGCCCUGUUAACAUAAAUCUGAAUUGUUAGCUUACCUGCCCUGUUAACUUAAAUCUGAAUUGUUAACUUACCUGCCCUGUUACCUUAAAUCUGAAUUGUUAACUUACCUGCCCUGUUAACUUAAAUCUGAAUUGUUAACUUACCUGCCCUGUUAACUUAAAUCUGAAUUGUUAACUUACCUGCCCUGUUAACUUAAAUCUGAAUUGUUAACUUACCCGCCCUGUUAACUUAAAUCUGAAUUGUUAACUUACCCGCCCUGUUAACAUGAAUCUGAAUUGUUAACUUACCCGCCCUGUUAACUUAAAUCUGAAUUGUUAACUUACCUGCCCUGUUAACUUAAAUCUGAAUUGUUAACUUACCCGCCCUGUUAACUUAAAUCUGAAUUGUUAACUUACCCGCCCUGUUAACUUAAAUCUGAAUUGUUAGCUUACCUUCCCUGUUAACUUAAAUCUGAAUUGUUAACUUACCCGCCCUGUUAACUUAAAUCUGAAUUGUUAACUUACCCGCCCUGUUAACAUGAAUCUGAAUUGUUAACUUACCCGCCCUGUUAACUUAAAUCUGAAUUGUUAACUUACCCGCCCUGUUAACAUAAAUCUGAAUUGUUAUCUUACCUGCCCUGUUAACUUAAAUUUGAAUUGUUAACUUACCUGCCCUGUUAACUUAAAUAUGAAUUGUUAGCUUACCCUCCCUGUUAACUUAAAUCUGAAUUGUUAACUUACCCGCCCUGUUAACUUAAAUCUGAAUUGUUAACUUACCCGCCCUGUUAACUUCAAUCUGAAUUGUUAACUUACCCGCCCUGUUAACUUAAAUCUGAAUUGUUAACUUACCUCCCCUGUUAACUUAAAUCUGAAUUGUUAACUUACCCGCCCUGUUAACAUAAAUCUGAAUUGUUAUCUUACCUGCCCUAUUAACUUAAAUUUGAAUUGUUAACUUACCUGCCCUGUUAACUUAAAUUUGAAUUGUUAACUUACCUGCCCUGUUAACUUAAAUUUGAUUUGUUAACUUACCCGCCCUGUUAACUUAAAUCUGAAUUGUUAACUUACCUGCCCUGUUAACUUAAAUAUGAAUUGUUAGCUUACCCUCCCUGUUAACUUAAAUCUGAAUUGUUAACUUACCCGCCCUGUUAACUUAAAUCUGAAUUGUUAACUUACCCGCCCUGUUAACUUAAAUCUGAAUUGUUAACUUACCCGCCCUGUUAACUUAAAUCUGAAUUUGUUAACUUACCCGUCCUGUUAACUUAAAUCUGAAUUGUUAACUUACCCGCCCUGUUAACUUAAAUCUGAAUUGUUAACUUACCUGCCCUGUUAACUUAAAUUUGAAUUGUUAACUUACCUGCCCUGUUAACUUAAAUUUGAAUUGUUAACUUACCUGCCCUGUUAACUUAAUUUUGAAUUGUUAACUUACCUGCCCUGUUAACUUAAAUCUGAAUUGUUAGCUUACCUGCCCUGUUAAAAUAAAUCGGAUUCAUGGGACCGUGGUAGAGGUGUUACUGCCACAGGAUGUCUGAAGAUAAGGUACAUAGAGCUUUAUUUGGUUGUAUGCGGUUCAGGUGGGAAUUAAGUUGUAUUUGCCAGCUGGAUGUGUCAGCUGUAUGUGUCAGUUGUGUCAGUUGUAUGUGUCAGUUAAUGUAUCUGUUGACUCUUUCAACCUCAACUUUAACCAAUUUUGUUGGCUGUGAUAAUCUGCUUCGCAGUGUUGAGUGAUGUUGCAAUGCUUGUCAGUGUUGAGUUUGAGGUAUGUAAGUUUGUUUGACUGUGUUGAGGUAUGUACGUUUGUUAGACUGUGUUGAGGUAUGUACGUUUGUUAGACUGUGUUGAGGUAUGUAAGUUUGUUAGACUGUGUUGAGGUAUGUACGUUUGUUAGACUGUGUUGAGGUAUGUAAGUUUGUUUGACUGUGUUGAGGUAUGUACGUUUGUUAGACUGUGUUGAGGUAUGUACGUUUGUUUGACUGUGUUUAGGUAAGUAAGUUUCUUUGACUGUGUUGAGGUAUGUAAGUUUGUUUGAAUGUGUUGAGCUAUAUAAGUUUGUUUGAUUGUUUUGAGCUAUGUACGUUUGUUAGACUGUGUUUAGGUAUGUAAGUUUUUUUGACUGUGUUGAGGUAUGUAAGUUUGUUUGAACUGUGUUGAGGUAUGUAAGUUUGUUUGGCUGUGUUGAGGUAUGUAAGUUUGUUUGACUGUGUUGAGGUAUGUACGUUUGUUAGACUGUGUUGAGGUAUGUACGUUUGUUAGAAUGUGUUGAGCUAUGUACGUUUGUUAGACUGUGUUGAGGUAUGUAAGUUUGUUUGACUGUGUUGAGGUAUGUAAGUUUAUUUGGCUGUGUUGAGUUAUGUAAGUAUGUUUGACUGUGUUGAGUUAUGUAAGUAUGUUUGACUGUGUUGAGCUAUAUAAGUUUGUUUGACUGUGUUGAGCUUUGUACGUUUGUUAGAGUGUGUUGAGGUAUGUAAGUUUGUUUGACUGUGUUGAGCUAUGUAAGUUUGUCUGGCUGUGUUGAGCUAUGUAAGUUUGUUUGGCUGUGUUGAGCUAUGUAAGUUUGUCUGCCUGUGUUGAAUUAUGUAAGUUUGUUUGGCUGUGUUGAGGUAUGUAAGUUUGUUUGGGUGUUCAUUGCAUUUUCUCCGUUUGGCUAGUGUGGUCUGCUCUCUCAUUUCCUGAUCUAUUGUGACGUCAUCCAGUGUAAGGUUAGCUUGACUGCCAAGAUGUCGAGUGAUGUUUGCUGUUGUUCGUGUGAUCUGUGAUCGCGAUGCUAUCGAGAAAAUAACAUCGAUUCUUCGUUUGCUUGGGUAACCUGUAGAGAUUCCAGAUAUGUGUUAUAACGCUGCGUUAGUAGCAGUCACGUCUGCUUCAUUAUUGCUACAGGUCGCCACGCAGGGGCUUGCAGUGUCACGUGACCAGGCUGGGUUGUCAAAGCCUGCACUGUCAACCUAGACCUAAAGUAUUAAGUUAAACCCGAACUGUUCACUUAAUUAAGAGCUGUGAUUCGGUAAUGAACUAGGACAAACAGUAGCGGUUAGGGCUAGAAAGAUCAAACUCUCAUCUACCCCCCACCCCCCCCGGCAAAAAAAAAAAAAAAAAAAAAAAAAGGUGGCGUUAGACACAAAGGGUUUCAAAGAAAGGCCCCCCCCCCCCCCCCCCCCAGUGAUACGUAGUAAAUGUCUGUGAAAUACCCUCAAGGAAUAGGGAUGGAGACAUGGGCGCCCGCAGGGGUGGGGCAAAGGGGGCACUUGCCCCCCCUGGAUUGAUUGGAUAAAAAAUUUUUUGACAAAAAUAGACGAAAAAUUUAUUAAAGUAAAGAGAAAAUAAAGAGAAAGUAACUAAGCUGAUGUCCUGUCUGCUCGUUCACCGUACAAAUACGCUACAGUAAAUUAAAACGAUAUUAAAACAUUACUAAAAAAUUUUUCCCCCCCCCCCCGGAAAGUUUAUUUGUUUUUUUUGCCCCCCCCCCCCCCAGAAAGUUUUCUGCGUGCGCCCAUGGAUGGAGACCACUUUGAAUGGUGUCCCUAAAGACUCAUUUUUUCCUCCUCCCAUUCACCAACACUGGGAUAAAACAAUGGCCCUCUUAACAAUGGCCCUCUUAACAAUGGCCCUAUUAACAAUGGCCCUAUUCACAAUGGCCCUAUUAAGAAUGGCCCUAUUAACAAUGGCCCUAUUAACAAUGGCCCUUUUAACAAUGGCCCUAUUAACAAUGGCCCCCUUAACAAUGACCCUAUUAACAAUGGCCCUAUUAAAAAUGGCCCUAUUAACAAUGGCCCUAUUAACAAUGGCCCUCUUAACAAUGGCCCUAUUUAAGUUGCUGGAGGGUCUUAGCAGGCAGAAUCUCCAAAGACGCACUUUUGUGAAAGAUCUCCCAGAGCGUCUUAAAGCAGUGUUUGUAGUUACGCAUCGUAACUUAGGGUACACCUGGAUCCCAAAGUUAAGGGGCACAGCUGGGUUGCUUUAUCUCAUUCGAUGUCAUAUUUAAAUCAACUAAGAUCAAUUAUCUGCUUCUGUAUGUUGUUCGUCCGUCGAGGAUCGACGAUGACCAUCGAGUCGUCUGGUGACUGAUGACUUGCGCGGGCCAUUGUUUAAAGUGAGGAAGAGUUGCGCAGCGUCAACCUCACUCUCUCGUCCGAGCCCACCAUAUCCAGUGGCAAGACUCUACGUCAAGACGACCAGGGAUGGGUACGGUUGCAGGAAUUGACAUUGUUUGCGCCUUACGGGACUCCAACUCCGGGUUUGAAUUCAGAGUUUCCUUCUCUUAGAUGAGUUGCCGAGCAAGGUUAACGACGGUAAUCAUGUCAAUAACAACCCUGAACCCAGCAAUAGGACCAAGCUAACACCCUUGUACCCAGCCAUGGGACCAAUCUAACACAGCUGCACACACCAAUGGGAGCAAGCUAACACUAUAUUUUUACCACUACAGACACAAAUAAAUAACUAGAGACAUAAAUAAAUAACUAGAGACAUAAUAAAAAGUUUGUCGUGAAAGUCUGUGUGACAGGGAGUCAGCAGCUGUCUGUGUGAGAGGGAGUCAACAGCUGUUUGUGUCAGAGGGAGUCAGCAGAUGUCUUUGUAAGAGGGAGUAUGCAGCUGUAUGUGUGAGAUGGAGUCAGCAGCUGUCUGUGUGAGAGGGAGUCAACAGCUGUCUGUGUGAGAGGGAGUCAGCAGCUGUCUGUUUUAGAUGGAGUCAACAGCUGUCUGUGUGAGAGGGAGUCAACAGCUGUUUGUGUGAGAGGGAGUUAACAGCAGUCAGUGUGAGAUGGACAGAGCAGCUGUCUGUGUGAGAUGGAGUCAGCAGCUGGCUAUUUGAGAUGGAUCAGCUCCUGAAAGUUUGAGAGGCAGUCAACAGCUGUUUGUGUGAGAGGGAGUCAACAGCUGUUUGUGUGAGAGGGAGUUAACAGCUGUUUGUGUUAGAGGGCGUCAAUAGCUGUCUGUGUGAGAGGGCGACAGCAGCUGUCUAUGUGACAGGGAGUCAUCAGCUGUCUGUGUGAGAGGGAGUCAAAAGCUUGACACAUGACUUUUGAUCUUAAAUUAAAAUGAUGAAAACAAGAAAAAAAAAUAUUUUUACUCAACUAAAUUUAACCGAUAUUGUUCUUCCCCAAAUCUUGAUACUGAAUCUGUGUAUCAGUGGCGUAGCUAGGGUUGGUGUCCCCCGGUGUGGUCCACCUCCCUCUACUCACCCCGAUCUACGCCACUGCUGCCAAAUCCAAAACUCCUCCUAGUCCUUCUCAUUUAGGUUCCAUCAUCUUUUCAACAGAAAAGCAUUUUUCAACAACGAGACAGGCGAUCUCUUUAAGCUCGGUGAUAAAAUGAGAAGACCGCAGCUGGCGCAGACAAUGAGAACCAUCGCUUCCGAAGGCGUGGAUGCAUUUUAUAACGGUUCCCUCACAAAUAAAAUAAUUCAAGACUUGAAAGAAAUUGGUUAGUGAUAAUUACCAUUAGUUAGUGACACUUACCAUUAGUUAGGGAUAGUUAUCAUUAGUUAGAGAAAGUGUACAUUAGUUAGUGACAGUUAACAUUAGUUAGUGAGAGUUAACAUUAGUUAAAGUGAGUUACCAUAAGUUAGUGAGAGUUAACAUUAGUUAGUGACAGUUAAAAUUAGUUAAGGAGAGUUAACAUUAGCUAGUGACAUUUACCAUUAGUUAGUGAGCGUUAACAUUAGUUAGUGAGAGUUACCAUUAGUUAGUGAGAGUUAACAUUAGUUAGUGAGAGUUAACAUUAGUUAGUGAGAGUUACCAUUAGUUAGUGAGAGUUAACAUUAGUUAAAUAUAGUUACCAUUAGUUAGAGACAGUUACAAUUAGUUAAGGAGAGUUAACAUUAGCUAGUGACAUUUACCAUUAGUUAGGGAGAGUUAACAUUAAGUAGUGAGAGUUAACAUUAGUUAGUGAGAGUUAACAUUAGUUAGUGAGAGUUACCAAUAGUUAGUGAGAGUUAACAUUAGUUAGUGAGAGUUACCAUUAGUUAGUGAGAGUUAACAUUAGUUAGUGAGAGUUACCAUUAUUUAUUGGGAGUUAACAUUAGUUAAAUAUAGUUACCAUUAGUUAGUGACAGUUAACAUUAGUUAGUGACAGUUACCAUUAGUUAGUGAGAGUUAACAUUAGUUAGUGAGAGUUAACAUUAGUUAUUGAGAGUUAACAUUAGUUAGUGAGAGUUACCAUUAGUUAUUGAGAGUUAACAUUAAUUAAAUAUAGUUACCAUUAGUUAGUGACAGUUAACAUUAGUUAGUGACAGUUACCAUUAGUUAGUGAGAGUUAACAUUAGUUAGUGAGAGUUACCAUUAGUUAGUGAGAGUUACCAUUAGUUAGUGAGAGUUAACAUUAGUUAGUGAGAGUUAACAUUAGUUAGUGAGAGUUAAAAUUAGAUAUUGAGAGUUAACAUUAGUUAGUGAGAGUUACCAUUAGUUAUUGGGAGUUAACAUUAGUUAAAUAUAGUUACCAUAGGUUAGUGACAGUUAACAUUAGUUAGUGACUUUACCAUUAGUUAGUGACAGUUACCAUUAGUUAGUGAGAGUUAACAUUAGUUAGUGAGACUUACCAUUAGUUAGUGAGAGUUACCAUUAGUUAUUGGGAGUUAACAUUAGUUAAAUAUAAAUAACAUUAGUUAGUGAGAGUUAACAUUAGUUAGUGAGAGUUAACAUUAGUUAGUGAGAAGUAACAUUAGUUAUUGGGAGUUAACAUUAGUUAGUGAGAGUUAACAUUAGUUAGUGAGAGUUACCAUUAGUUAGUGAGGGUUACCAUUAGUUAUUGGGAGUUAACAUUAGUUAGUGAGAGUUAACAUUAGUUAGUGAGAGUUACCAUUAGUUAGUGAGAGUUAACAUUAGUUAGUGAGAGUUACCAUUAGUUAUUGGGAGUUAACAUUAGUUAGUGAGAGUUAACAUUAGUUAGUGAGAGUUACCAUUAGUUAGUGAGAGUUAACAUUAGUUAGUGAGAGUUACCAUUAGUUAGUGAGAGUUAACAUUAGUUAGUGAGAGUUAACAUUAGUUAGUGAGAGUUACCAUUAGUUAGUGAGAGUUAACAUUAGUUAGUGAGAGUUAACAUUAGUUAGUGAGAGUUACCAUUAGUUAGUGACAGUUAACAUUAGUUAGUGACAGUUACCAUUAGUUAGUGAGAGUUAACAUUAGUUAGUGAGAGUUACCAUUAGUUAGUGAGAGUUACCAUUAGUUAUUGGGAGUUAACAUUAGUUAAAUAUAAAUAACAUUAGUUAGUGAGAGUUAACAUUAGUUAGUGAGAGUUAACAUUAGUUAGUGAGAAGUAACAUUAGUUAUUGGGAGUUAACAUUAGUUAGUGAGAGUUAACAUUAGUUAGUGAGAGUUACCAUUAGUUAGUGAGGGUUACCAUUAGUUAUUGGGAGUUAACAUUAGUUAGUGAGAGUUAACAUUAGUUAGUGAGAGUUACCAUUAGUUAGUGAGAGUUAACAUUAGUUAGUGAGAGUUACCAUUAGUUAUUGGGAGUUAACAUUAGUUAGUGAGAGUUAACAUUAGUUAGUGAGAGUUAACAUUAGUUAGUGAGAGUUACCAUUAGUUAGUGAGAGUUAACAUUAGUUAGUGAGAGUUACCAUUAGUUAGUGAGAGUUAACAUUAGUUAGUGAGAGUUACCAUUAGUUAUUGGGAGUUAACAUUAGUUAGUGAGAGUUAACAUUAGUUAGUGAGAGUUAACAUUAGUUAGUGAGAGUUACCAUUAGUUAGUGAGAGUUAACAUUAGUUAGUGAGAGUUAGCAUUAGUUAGUGAGAGUUACCAUUAGUUAGUCAGAGUUACCAUUAGUUAGUGAGAGUUAACAUUAGUUAUUGGGAGUUAACAUUAGUUAGUGAGAGUUAACAUUAGUUAGUGAGAGUUAACAUUAGUUAUUGGGAGUUAACAUUAGUUUAAUAUAGUUACCAUUAGUUAGUGACAGUUAACAUUAGUUAGUAACAGUUACCAUUAGUUAGUGAGAGUUAACAUUAGUUAGUGAGAGUUAACAUUAGUUAUUGAGAGUUAACAUUAGUUAGUGAGAGUUACCAUUAGUUAUUGGGAGUUAACAUUAGUUAAAUAUAGUUACCAUUAGUUAGUGACAGUUAACAUUAGUUAGUAACAGUUACCAUUAGUUAGUGAGAGUUAACAUUAGUUAGUAAGAGUUACCAUUAGUUAGUGAGAGUUACCAUUAUUUAGUGAGAGUUAACAUUAGUUAGUGAGAGUUAACAUUAGUUAGUGACAGUUAAAAUUAGUUAAGGAGAGUUAACAUUAGCUAGUGACAUUUACCAUUAGUUAGUGAGCGUUAACAUUAGUUAGUGAGAGUUACCAUUAGUUAGUGAGAGUUAACAUUAGUUAGUGAGAGUUAACAUUAGUUAGUGAGAGUUACCAUUAGUUAGUGAGAGUUAACAUUAGUUAAAUAUAGUUACCAUUAGUUAGAGACAGUUACAAUUAGUUAAGGAGAGUUACCAUUAGUUAUUGGGAGUUAACAUUAGUUAGUGAGAGUUAACAUUAGUUAGUGAGAGUUAACAUUAGUUAGUGAGAGUUAACAUUAGUUAGUGAGAAUUAACAUUAGUUAUUGGGAGUUAACAUUAGUUAGUGAGAGUUAACAUUAGUUAGUGAGAGUUACCAUUAGUUAGUGAGAGUUACCAUUAGUUAGUGAGAGUUAACAUUAGUUAUUGAGAGUUAACAUUAGUUAGUGAGAGUUAACAUUAGUUAAUAAGAGUUUACAUUAGUUAGUGAGAGUUACCAUUAGUUAUUGGGAGUUAAUAUUAGUUAGUGAGAGUUAACAUUAGUUAGUUAGAGUUAACAUUAGUUAGUGAGAGUUAACAUUAGUUAGUGAGAGUUAACAUUAGUUAGUGAGAGUUAACAUUAGUUAGUGAGAGUUACCAUUAGUUAGUGAGAGUUACCAUUAGUUAUUGGGAGUUAACAUUAGUUAGUGAGAGUUAACAUUAGUUAGUGAGAGUUAACAUUAAGUAGUGAGAGUUACCAUUAGUUAGUGAGAGUUAACAUUAGUUAGUGAGAGUUACCAUUAGUUAGUGAGAGUUAACAUUAGUUAGUGAGAGUUAACAUUAGUUAGUGAGAGUUACCAUUAGUUAGUGAGAGUUAACAUUAGUUAGUGAGAGUUAACAUUAGUUAGUGAGAGUUACCAUUAGUUAGUGACAGUUAACAUUAGUUAGUGACAGUUACCAUUAGUUAGUGAGAGUUAACAUUAGUUAUUGGGAGUUAACAUUAGUUAGUGAAAGUUACAAUUAGUUAGUGAGAGUUACCAUUAGUUAGUGACAGUUAACAUUAGUUAGGGAGAGUUACCAUUAGUUAGUGAGAGUUAACAUUAGAUAGUGAGAGUUAACAUUAGUUAAAUAUAGUUACCAUUAGUUAGUGACAGUUAACAUUAGUUAGGGAGAGUUAACAUUAGCUAGUGACAUUUACCAUUAGUUAGCGAGAGUUACCAUUAGUUAGUGAGAGUUAACAUUAUUUAAAUAUAGUUACCAUUAGUUAGUGACAGUUAACAUUAGUUAGUGAGAGUUAACCAUUAGUUAGUGAAGUAAUAAACCUUAAUCUAAGCGACACCCAACAAGCUAUAUGCCUCCUCUCAGGUGGCAAAGGUCAAUGUGAAAUAUACAUUGGGCCUCUGACUGAUGGGGAAAGGGUUAUGGGAAUAUUCAGUCCAGUGUUCUUUCUCAGUGUUACGAGUUCUUUUAUCAGUGUUCAGAAGUAUGGAUAAAUAUGAUGAAAGUUGGGUGAACCUAAAGAAAUGUGGAUGGACCUGAAGAAAUGUGGAUGGACCUGAAGAAAUGUGGGUGAACCUGAAGAAAUGUGGAUGGACCUGAAGAAAUGUGUAUGGACCUAAAGAAAUGUGGAUGGACCUGAAGAAAUGUGGAUGGACCUGAAGAAAUGUGGAUGGACCUUAGUAAUGUGGUUGGACCUGAAGAAAUUUGGAUGGACCUGAAGAAAUGUGGAUGGACCUGAAGAAAUGUGGAUGGACCUGAAGAAAUGUGGAUGGACCUGAAGAAAUGUGGAUGGACCUGAAGAAAUGUGGAUGGACCUGAAGAAAUGUGGAUGGACCUGAAGAAAUGUGGAUGGACCUGAAGAAAUGUGGAUGGACCUGAAGAAAUGUGGAUGGACCUGAAGAAAUGUGGAUGGACCUGAAGAAAUGUGGAUGGACCUGAAGAAAUGUGGAUGGACCUGAAGAAAUGUGGAUGGACCUGAAGAAAUGUGGAUGGACCUGAAGAAGUGUCAAUGAAACUGAUGAAGUGUGGAUUAACAAUAAUAUCUGCAUAAUCCUGCAUUACAUCACUCUUGUCACUCAACAAUUUAUCUUACAUAUUACAAGUGUAACAAAUUGUCACUUAAUCGUUUAUCUUACAUGUGAAAAGUGUAUCAGCUUGUCACUCAACCAUUUAUCUUACAUGUGACACAUGUCACAGCUUGUCACCCAGCGUUCUAAAUGGUUUGACUGUCGUAAAGACUUGUUGAACAUUGAUCAUUUCUUUGCUAUCUCUCCACGAAACGAAAAUGUUGAGCGCAGUUUGCUCUCUUUGCAGGCUCACAGGAUGCAAGAGAAAAAACAGAAAUACUGAGUCUGUCAGAAUUAAGUAUCACUGCAAGAGAAUUUCAGAGAUUGGUUUGUGUCCACAUUUCCAUAAGGCAUUUAAAGAAAAUGAUAUAGUGCUAAAAAUGCAAUUAUCAGAAGAAAUAUGCACAUAUAGGAAUGUAAAUGUGUAUUUGUAGGGGUUAUUAAUGUGCACUUGUAGUGUGCACUUUUAGAGGAAAUAAUUUAGCACUUUUAGUGGAUAUAAAUUGCACUUGUAGUCGUUAUAAAGUGCACUUGUAGUUGAUAUAAAGUGCUCUUGUAUUAGACAUAUAUCACACCUGUGUUCUUGCAGUGGCAAUACAUUAACACUUGUAGAGGAUAUGAAUGACAUUUGUACUAGGUAUAGAUAUGCACAUAUAAGACAUACAAAAUUUUCACUUGUAGUGGAUAUAAAUGUACACUUGUACUAAAUAAAAUAGUGCAGUCCUAGUAGACAUUUGCUACUUUUCCAAAAUUGAGAAUAAAUGAAUUAUUUUUGUUAUUAUUUUUUAAACACAUUUAUGGAUUUCAUUUUCCAAACGUGAAUGUUAGUGUUUCGAAAUUUUAUUUUCAUAAUUGAGUCUUCCCCCCUCCCCCGGGCGACUGCUUGGUGGCAAUCACAUGGUCAACUCUCCCCUUCGGGGCCACUGCAUGUUGGCACUCAUAUAUGGUCAACCACUUCCCACCCCCACAGGGCCACUGCAUGUUGACACUCAUUAGGUCAACUCUGUCCCCCGGGGCCACUACGUGUUGACAUUCCUAUGGUCGUCUCUCCCCACAGGGCCAGUGCAUGUUUACACUCAUAUGAUCAACCCUCUCCUCCCGGGCAAAAACAUGUUGGCAAUCAUAUGAUCAACCCUCUCCUCCCGGGCAAAAACAUGUUGGCAAUCAUAUGAUCAACCCUCUCCUCCCGGGCAAAAACAUGUUGGCAAUCAUAUGAUCAACCCUCUCCUCCCGGGCAAAAACAUGUUGGCAAUCAUAUGAUCAACCCUCUCCUCCGCGAGCCAAAACAUGUUGGCAAUCAUAUGAUCAACCCUCUCCUCCCGGGCAAAAACAUGUUGGCAAUCAUAUGAUCAACCCUCUCCUCCCGGGCAAAAACAUGUCUUCUUCUUCUAUAUCUUAAGGGCCCACGAUCAAUUUAUUGAUCAUUUUGGCUCCUAUGCAUGUAGAUGGGAUUUGCAAUGUUUCUGUUACUGUUGUUGAUGAGGAAAUCAUGCACUAGGGAUUUGAAGGCUUGAGGCAAUAGACACAAAUGUGUCUAGUGUUGUCGCCUCAACCGUUCCUUUUGAAAGAUGGUUCCAGUCCCUGAUUGUCUUGGGCAGGAAUGAGCAGCUCCUAUACUGGCUUCUUGCUGGUAUGAGCCUGAAUUGCCUGUCAUGGCCUCGUCGCUGUCUAUGGGGGAGAGGGACGAGUUUCUGUUUAAUACUGGAACAGUGGACCAGCCCAUUAUUUAUCUUGUACAUCAUGGAGAGCCUGGAUUGUCGUCGUCGUUUCUCCAAUGGUGACCAGCCUAGUGUUUCUAGCAUGCUUCCAACACUAGAGGUAUUCCUGUAGCGGUUUAGGACAAAGCGUGCUGCUCGUCGCUGGACCGCCUCCAACCUGUCAAUGCUCUUCUGGGUAAAUGGGUCCCAGAUUGAAGAUGCAUAAUCUAAAAUCGGACGGAUAAGGCUUUAUAUGCUCUUUCUUUCACACAGGAGUUGCCAAUCUUUAGAUUUCGCAUUAAGAACCCCGUAUGAUGGCACUCAUAUGAUCAACCCUCUCCCGCCUCGGCCAAAACAUGUUGUCACUCAUAUGAACAACCCUCUCCCCCCCCCCCCCCCCGCGGCCAAAACAUGUUGUCACUCAUAUGAACAACCCUUCCCAAAUGUGUUAAUCAGAACAAACUUAUGAUACUUUUAUAUCUCCUCUAAUGUUGUGCUUUUGUUUACCUAUUUGAAUGCUGACUUCGUGUGACGCCAGGUUCAAUCAUAACCCCUGCGGACCUCGAAAACUAUCAAGUACAAGAGAAGAAACCCCUGGAGAUAACUCUCAAUGGCGGCAUAAGAGUGAUUUCCCCUCCUGCUCCAAGUGGGGGCGUCGUGCUGUCUUUCAUAUUAAAUAUAUUAGAUGGUGAGCUCUCAUGUUUUAACAUAGCUCUCAAAGCUGUUAUUUUUUGUUUCCAUUGAUAUCCACUGUUUCAUUCAAGACCCUUCCUGUCUGUUUUUGCUUUCUGAUUCAUAACAAAAUUUCUUGUCCAUUCGCUAAAUACCAAAUGCUCUUUUUGAUAAAUUCAAUAUAUAAAUACAAAUUGUAAUCCAUUUCUUCUUUUUUUUUUUGACAGGCUACAACUUCACCGCUAGCGACAUCUCCACCAUCAAGUCUAAGACUUUAACUUAUCACAGAUACAUUGAGUCUCUGAAGUUUGCCUAUGCCAAGAGAACUGGUUUAGCAGAUGACAAAUUUGUUCAAGUUAUGGGGGUAAUUUUUCAUUUUUUUGUUGGAGGGGGGGGGGGGCAAAAAUUACAGAGUUAAGUUAGUAAAGAGAGAUCUUAAGUCAUGAUUAUGUUUACGUCAAUUUAGCAAGACUCCAGAUGAAGAUAAUAUUCAUUGUUAAUGAUCUAUGCCAAGAGAACUGGUUUAGCAGAUGACAAAUUUGUUCAAGUUAUGGGGGUAAUUUUUCAUUUUUUUGUUGGAGGGGGGGGGGGCAAAAAUUACAUAGUUAAGUUAGUAAAGAGAGAUCUUAAGUCAUGAUUAUGUUUACGUCAAUUUAGCAAGACUCCAGAUGAAGAUAAUAUUCAUUGUUAAUGAUGACUAGCUGUAACAUUGUUUCAAAUAUUGAAUUCAUAUAUGAAUUUGCUCUGUCUGUUUAUGCAACUGUUGUAUGUAUAUAACAGUUUAUGCGUUUAUUUCCAUUGAAAAAUGUAUCAAUCUUAUGGUGAAAGUUGUGCUUCUAAAUGAGUGGUGCUACUAAAUGAAAGUGGUGCUACUAAAUGAAAUUGGUGCUACUAAAUGAAAGUGGUGCUACUAAAUGAAAGUUGCGCUACUAAAUGAAAUAGUUUUAGGCAGUUUUAAAUAUGAUAAAGAAAGUUUCUCGGAGUGUGCAACCCAGAGAGGAUCACCAGGAAUUUCUAGAGCUAGCCAUUAGAUUUCAGUGAAUGUCUUGUCUGGUUUGUGUCUCAAUGAAUAUCUUGUCUGUUUUGUGUCUCUGUGAAUAUCUCGUCUGGUUGGUGUCUCUGUGAAGAUCUUGUUUGAUUGGUGUCUCUGUGAAUGUCUUGUCUGGUUUGUGUCUCAAUGAAUAUCUUGUCUGUUUUGUGUCUCUGUGAAUAUCUCGUCUGGUUGGUGUCUCUGUGAAUAUCUUGUCUGGUUGGUGUCUCAGUGAAUAUCUUGUCUGUUUUAGUGUCUCAGUGAAUAUCUUGUCUGGUUGGUGUCUCUGUGAAGAUCUUGUCUGGUUUGUGUCUCAAUGAAUAUCUUGUCUGUUUUGCGUCUCUGUGAAUAUCUCGUCUGGUUGGUGUCUCUGUGAAUAUCUUGUCUGGUUGGUGUCUCAGUGAAUAUCUUGUCUGUUUUAGUGUCUCAGUGAAUAUCUUGUCUGGUUGGUGUCUCUGUGAAGAUCUUGUCUGGUUUGUGUCUCAGUGAAUAGCUUGUCCGGUUUGUGUCUCAGUGAAUAUCUUGUCUGGUUGGUGUUUCAGUGAAUAUCUUGUCUGGUGGGUGUUUCAGUGAAUAUCUUGUCUGCUUGGUGUUUCAGUGAAUAUGUUGUCUGGUUGGUGUCGCUGUGAAUAUCUUGUCUGGUUGUCGUUUCAGUGAAUAUCUUAUCUGUUGGUGUCUUUGUGAAUAUGUUGUCUGGUUGGUGUCGCUGUGAAUAUCUUGUCUGGUUGGUGUCUCUGUGAAUAUCUUGUCUGGUUUGUGUCUCAGUCAAUAUCUUGUCCAAUUUAUGUCCCAGUGAAUACCUUGUCUGGUUUGUGUCUCAGUAAAUAUCUUGUCUGGUUUGUGUCUCAGUGAAUAUCUUGUCUGAUUUGUGUUUCAGUGAAAAUCUUGUCCGGUUUAUGUGUAUAUCUUUUCCGGUGGGUGUUUCAGUGAAGAGAUUGUCUGGUUCGUAUCUAACUGAAGAUCUUGUCUGGUUAAGGUCUCAGCAAAUAUCUUGUCUGGUUAUUGGCUCACUGAAGAUUUUGUCUGGUUUGCGUCUCAGUGAAUAUCUUGUCUGUUUUUUGUCUCAUUGAAUUUCUUGUCUGGUUUGUGUUUCAGUUAAAAUCUUGUCUGGUUUGUGCCUCAGUGAAAAUCUUGUCUGGUUUGUGUCUCUGGAAUUCUGGUUUGUGUCUCAGUGAAUAUCUUGUCUGGUUUGUGUCUCUGUGAAUAUCUUGUCUUGUUUGUGUCUCAGUGAAAAUCUUGUCUGGUUUGUGUUACAGUAAAUAUCUUGACUGUUUGGUGUCUCUGUGAAUAUCUUGUCUGGUUUGUGUCACAGUGAAUAUCUUGUCUGGUUUGUGUCUCAGUGAAUACCUUGUCUGGUUUGUGUCUCAGUGAAGAUCUUGCCCGGUUGGUGUUUCAGUGAAUAUCUUGUCUAGUUUGUGUUUGAGUGAAGAGCUUUUCUUGUUUGUGUCUCAGGGAAAAUCUUGCCUGGUUAUUGGCUCAGUGAAGAUCGUGUCUGGUUUUUGUCUAAGUGAAGAACUUGUCUGGUUUGUUUCUCUCCGGAGAUCUUGUCUUGUUUGUGUCUCAGUAAAGAUCUUGUCUCGUUUGUGUCUCAGUUAAGAUCUUGUCUGGUUAGUGUCUCAAUGAAGAUGUUAUCUGGUUGGCAGUUUCCUAAAAUAAUCAAAAAGCUCACAUUUUGUCUGAUACAUGUGGAGCUAUUUUGAUGGUAAAAAUCUCCUUAGGGAAGCUAUAGUGUUCCAGUAUAUUUUAUGAAAAGUCCAACAACGGCUUCUGGAACAUGUGUUAGUAGUAAGCGUUAGUGAGUUGGGCUCGGUUAAGAUCUGGAGUGGAAGAAGUCCAUCAUUUCAUUUGUCCCAUCUAAAAUAAUUAAAAUAAUCAUAAAGUUUAUUUGAAAAACACGCUUUAUCCCCAAAAGCUCGAAGCGCGGUACAAAGUCAACCAUAUUAAAAAGAUUUAAAAAAAAAAAAAUCUAAAAUCUGACUGGUAGAGGCGAUGUAGACUAAGAAUUGGGUACAAAGGUAAAGAUUUUUUAAAAUGACCUGAAUUCGGAAGAUGAAUCCAAUAAUUAACUUUGGCUUUCAGUGAGUUUGUAGUACACAAAGGUAACGUUUUCUUGAAAGGUAAAGGUAGUUUCCAGAAAGUUGAAAUAAUUCUCAGCGAUCUGAUGGGAAUGAUUUUAAGGAAAUACAUUGUUUGAGUUCACGUGCUACCAUGGCAGUCGGGCUGAAGCAAGCAUCGGUGAUUCGUUUGUACAUUGAUUGAAUACGCCCUGAAAGUGUCCUCUCUACAAUGUAUAUGUAAUAAGUCUUGUAUAUACCUUUUCUACAAUGUAUUCUGUGUUACGGCCUGUAUAUACUUUCUCUACAAUGUAUUCUGGGAUACGGCCUGUAUGUGUCUUCUCUACAAUGUAUUCAAAGUGACAUAAAAAUGCAGGCAAAACUUUGCCACACUAGUCAUUUGGUCAAAUUAAUGACCAUUAAAUUCAAAUUACUAUUUAAGUAUUAGAACAUCCGGAAAAAAAGAGGGGGGGAGGUAGGGGUGAUGCCAAUGAUAACUCAAAGUUUUAUUUACUCAUACAUUGGUCAAUCCUAUAUAUAUAAAACUCUUCUAAGAGAAGGCAAACUCUGCAUUGAAACCAGGAGCCAGAAUGAUCAAUAAAUUGUACAGCUGAUAAGAUUUUUCACAAAGCUAGUCACAGCCUGGCAAUGUAUUGAUUGACUAAAUCUCCUAUUUGAAUUGCUUUGCCAGUGUUAAUUCAUUGGGAGACAGUAUUUUUCAAUAAUGUUACUUUGUUGUUUUUGUUGUCAGCUUAUACAAAGUUUGACAUCCAGAAAAUUCGCGAACAGUAUACGGCAACAAAUAUCUGACAAUGCAACAUACGACUACCGUUACUAUGGACCAACCUUCGAGACGGGCAACACCACCAGCACUUCCCACCUGUCAGUGCUUGACCAAGAGGGCAGUGCUGUGUCAGUGACCAGUACUAUCAAUUCAAGGUUCCGUUAUUUUAUGAUAUAAUAAUAAUAUUUAUAAUAAAUAAAUAUUUAAAUGUCGAACAAUUUGUUUGGUAUUUUAUUUUAAAUGAGUUCAAGCAGGUAAAGGUUAUUAAAUCUUAUUAUUUAAAAAAAAAUGAAUUUAAUUUAUUAUAAAUGAUAUAUUUUAACAUAAAUAAAUACUGUCUGUAUAAGAUGCACUGAUAUUUGAUCCUGUAGUAUAGGCCAAAACGUGCCAAAGUGUCCUUGUUUUAUAGCCAUUUUAAUUGUUUCUAUGGUAUAGUAGUUACUAUCCUAGUGUCUCAUUUUUAUUUUACUUAGUUUAAAUGUUUUUAAUAAUUGUAAAGCGCUUAGAGCUUUAAGGUAAGCGCUAUAUAAAAAUGCCUAAAUAAAUAAAUAAAUAAAUAUUUAUUGGAUCGCUAAAAAUUGUCCUAACACUUCAGGUUUGGCUCUCAGAGGCGUGGCAAGAGAACGGGAAUCAUAUUCAACAACGAGAUGAACGACUUUAGCUUUCCCAACGUGAUCAAUGCCUGGGGCAUCCACCCAUCUCCCGCCAACUUCAUCGUUCCGGGCAAGCGCCCACUGUCAUCUAUGUGUCCAGCCAUUUUCCUUGACCGUGAAGGAAAAGUCAUCAUGGUUUUGGGAGCAGCUGGGGGGUCAAGAAUAACAACGAUCACUGCCUGGGUCAGUUACUGACCAAGUACUUUUAUAAUGACCUACGUCACCAAAUCGGAUCAUUUUAAUAAUAUAAUAUUAAUAAUAAACCGAGGAAAACUUCUAACGGUCGUAAGUAUCCAUUGGCGUAGCUUCGGUUAGUGCCUCCAGGAGCAGUCAAGACUUUUUGCUGCCCCCCUUCCCCGAAAAGAACUCUUCACUUGGCCUUAUGCACCACCAAUUUAUUAUUAAGAAAAGUAUACGGCCCCUCAGCACCCAUUCCUACGCCUCUGAUUUUUCUAUGAUGAUUAAAUGGCGUUUGUACUUUAGACGGCUAAUCCACUACUUGCUUCUAGAAUCCUACUCUCCAACUUCUAAGAGUUCAACUCUCCAACUUCUAGAGUUCUACUCUCCAACUUCUAGAGUUCUACUCUCCAACAUUUAGAGUUCUGCUGUCUAGCUUCUACAGUCCUACUCUCAAACUUCUAGAGUUCUGCUCUCUAGCUUCUAUAGUUGUACUCUCUACUCUGUGAACAAAGUAGGGUACAACGAAAUGAGGUCAACUGUCUGAAUUGCUCUUAACAGUUUUUAGUACAGGCGACAGUUGCAAUAAAUGGGACAAACUACAGGCCGUUAUUAAAUCAAUGUCUGAGAUUCACACUACAGGACGCCAUUAAUUCAAUGUCUGAGAUUCACACUACAGGACGCCAUUAAUUCAAUGUCUGAGAUUCACACUACAGGACGCCAUUAAUUCAAUGUCUGAGAUUCACACUUCAGGACGCCAUUAAUUCAAUGUCUGAGAUUCACACUACAGGACGCCAUUAAUUCAAUGUCUGAGAUUCACACUACAGGACGCCAUUAAUUCAAUGUCUGAGCUCACACUACAGGACGCCAUUAAAUCAAUGUCUGAGCUCACACUACAGGACGCCAUUAAUUCAAUGAAAACGUUAUUAUUAUUAUUAUUUACAAAGUCAAGUUGGAGAACACAUAUGUAUCUCUCCAUUAUUUCUUAAACCAACCAUGCCUCUUACUUUUCUAGUUGAAGUGUGGCCUGAUAGUUCCUGACCUAGUUGAAGUGUGGCUUGAUAGUUCCUGACCUAGUUGAAGUAUGGCCUGAUAGUUCCUGACCUAGUUGAAGUAUGGCCUGAUAGUUCCUGACCUAGUUGAAGUGUGGCCUGAUAGUUCCUGACCUAGUUGAAGUGUGGCCUGAUAGUUCCUGACCUAGUUGAAGUGUGGCCUGAUAGUUCCUGACCUAGUUGAAGUGUGGCCUGAUAGUUCCUGACCUAGUUGAAAUGUGGCUUGAUAUUUCCUGACCUAGUUGAAGUGUGGCUUGAUAGUUCCUGACCUAGUUGAAGUGUGGCUUGAUAGUUCCUGACCUAGUUGAAAUGUGGCUUGAUAGUUCCUGACGUAGUUGAAAUGUGGCUUGAUAGUUCCUGACCUAGUUGAAGUGUGGCUUGAUAGUUCCUGACCUAGUUGAAAUGUGGCUUGAUAGUUCCUGACCUAGUUGAAAUGUGGCUUGAUAGUUCCUGACCUAGUUGAAGUGUGGCAAGAUUGUUCAUUUGGUUGUUAAUCAUUUCGAGUGUUCUUUUCAUGAAACUAAAAACUGAACGAAUUUAUUAAUUGACACCAUAAAACGAAUGGUUUGUGGAAGUUUCAUGUAAUAGAAAAAAAAGUGUUAUUACAUUUUUUGGUAAAUUAUGUGUAAACCCACAAAGACAUGUAAACAUCCACACCAACAUAUACAUGUAAACACCCACGCUUGAAGAUGCUUCUUAUCACGACCUUCCCAUACCACGACCUUCACUUACCACGACCUUAAACUUACCGAGACAUUCUCCUUAUCAUAACCUUCUCCUUAUCACGACCUUCCCCUUACCACGACCCUCACUUACCACGACAUUCUCCUUACCGCGACGUUAUCCUUACCACGACCUUCACUUUACCGCGACUUCACCUUACCACGACCAUCAUCUUUCCACAAUCUUCACCUUACCACGACCUUCACCUUACCACGACAUUCUCCUUACCGCAACUUAAUCCUUACCACGACCUUCACCUUACCAUGAUAUUCUCCUUACCACGACCCUCACCUUACCGCGACUUCACCUUACCACAACCUUCACUUACCACGACAUUCUCCUUACCGCGACGUUCUCCUUACGGCGACGUUCUCCUUACCACGACCUUCACCUUACCAAGACAUUCACCUUACCACGACCCUCACCUUACCACGACCCUCACCUUACUAUGACCUGCUUCUUAUCACGACCUUCACCUUACCACGACCUUCACCAUCCGGGUUAACUACAUUAAGUUCAUUAUAAUGAUACAUUUGAUGUAAAAAUAAAGAAAAUACCGUCUUCCAUUUACUUCUUUUUUUUUUUUUCAUUUCCUCUUCCAGGUAGCUGUGCAUGUCCUGUGGCUAGGGGACAGUAUUAGGAGUGCAAUAACCCGACCACGCAUGCAUCAUCAGUUGCUUCCCCCUCACGUUAAUUAUGAGGGAAAAUUCGAGGCAGUAAGCACGACACUUGUCUCUAUGCAAGUUAAACGAAACAUCUAUGAAAAUAAUUCAAAUUUUUAAGCAUUUGAUGAAUACUUGUCUAUUAAGUAUAAAAUAGGUCUCAUCAUACGCAGACAUUCUGAAAUUUAGUUCAAACGGAAGCUCAACUUGCGACAGGUCUAACAAUCUUGCAGUGAUAGAUAACGACUCAAGUUAUGACAAGCCCGCUGGGGAUAUAUUAAUAAUUAACUUACUAGUUAGGCAGUCGUUAUAAAUAACUACCCACGUUACAACCAGCCUUGUCUUCAUACACAAAAUGUCUUAUAAAGUAAUUAUUUCUCCAAGGAAAGAACAUUUCUAAACAUUUUAGGACACUAGUUUUCUUCUUACAUGGCUUUCUUCGACUUUUUUUGUCUUAUUUUUUUUAUUUUUUUUUUUACUUUAGCUCAGCCUCAUUCCCCGUCUCUCCUUAAUGAGCUGUUGGUUUCCACAGGCUGUCAUACAAAAUUUAAAAAGUAUUGGCCACAAUGUCAGCCUAGUCCCCAUCGGCAAGGUCAUUGCUACUGUCCAGGGCAUUCAUGUCAAAGAUGGCCGCAUAUUUGCAAACAGCGACUACCGAAAAGGAGGCACACCAGACGGGUUCUGAACACGGAUUUUGCUCUAUUUCUAGAGCAAAUUCAGAUGCAGAUUUUGGGGGAUUAAAAUUGAGAUUUUGUAAAUAUUCCAUGACUUUCACGUGAUGUUUAUUCUGAAUAUUUCAAGAGAAAAAAACUCUGAAAUACUGUAAAGAUUUAAUCUUAAACUUUUGAAUUUUAAAAGAUAUUUAUUCUUGAUUAAGUCAACAGAUGUGAUAACAAAGCCUUCAUUCAUUCCAGUGGUUUUCCAUCCUAGUGGUUUCCAUGCCAGUGUCUUGUCACUCCAGUGGUUUGCCACUCGCGUGGUUUUCCAUCUCAUUGGUUUGCCACCCAAAUUAAGUGGUUUGACAGUCCAGUGGUAUUCCAUCCCAGUGGUAUUCCAUCCCAGUGGUAUUCCAUCCCAGUGGCUAUUACAUCCCAGUGGUAUUCCAUCCCAGUGGUAUUCCAUCCCAGUGGCUAUUCCAUCCCAGUGGUAUUCCAUCCUAGUGGCUAUUACAUCCAAGUGGCUAUUACAUCCCAGUGGCUAUUACAUCCCAGUGGCUAUUAAAUCCCAGUGGUAUUCCAUCCCAGUGGUAUUCCAUCCCAGUGGUAUUCCAUCCCAGUGGUAUUCCAUCCCAGUGGUGUUCCAUCCCCGUGGCUAUUAAAUCCCAGUGGUAUUCCAUCCCGGUGGUAUUCCAUCCCAGUGGCUAUUAAAUCCCAGUGGUAUUCCAUCCCAGUGGUAUUCCAUCCCAGUGGCUAUUAAAUCCCAGUGGUAUUCCAUCCCAGUGGUUUUCCAUCCCAGUGGUAUUCCAUCCCAGUGGUUGUUCAUCCCAGUGGCUAUUACAUCACAGGGGGUUUCUCUCCCAGUGGUUUUCCCUCCCAGUUGUCCGUCCCAGUGGUUUAACAUUCCCAUUGGUUUUCCCAUACCGUUGUCCAUCAGAUCAAAUGUGAAUACUAUGCAUUGUUCAUCAAAAUAAUCAGCCAUGGGGCUUUAAAAUUCUUUAUUAACAUUGGAAGGUAUAAAGAUCUUAAUAUUUGUUUAGAUGUGUAUACUAUUGAAACACUUACAAGACAAAAACCUGUACAAAUAAAUUAAAAGGCGAAAUCAUUAUCAUGUAUAAUUUGUAAUAAUUUUUUUCAAUUAAUCUUUCACUGUUUAGUACUGUAUACACUCUGUGCCCUUAGGAUUUGCCAUCCAAGUCAAGUGGUUUGCUAUCUCAUUGGUUUGCCACCCAAGUCAAGUAGUUUGCCACUUCAGUGGUUUGCCCUCUCAUUGGUUUGUCACCAAAGUCAAGUGGUUUGCCACUUGAGUGGUUAGCCAUCUCAUUGGUUUACCACCCAAGUCAAGUGGUUUGCCAUCUCAAUGGUUUACCACCCAAGUCAAGUAAUUUGCCAUCUCAAUGGUUUACCACCCAAGUCAAGUUGUUUGCCAUCUCAUUGGUUUGCCGCCCAAGUCAAGCGGUGUUCCAAGUCCCCAACAAGAGGUCUCAGUGUUGUUUAAAAAUUUAAAAAUGUAUGCAAUUGUUUCAUCAUUGAGUCGAGGCUGUGUCUGCUUUUACUUCACGGAUCAAUUCAGAAUUUUUUAGCAUCGAGAAUAAUCCACAGUCUGGUAGACUGGCAAGAAAACGUUUCAAACUGAGUUUUUUUAAAAAAAAUAAAAUGGAACUCUACCAAAUCAUCUUCUUAAUUAAGCCAGCGCAAACGUACACAACAAAGUAAAUCAUAUUCAUUUUAGUUUAAAAUCAAGUCGUAAUAAACCUGAGCCUGACUACUGUGCCUUAAACAUGUUCUUUAAACCUGUACCUUAAAGAUGUGCCUUAAUCAUGUACUUUAAACCGGUGCCUUAAACAUGUGUCUUAAACCAUUGCAUUAACGCAGAUGAUAUUCUUUAAACAUGUACCUAAAACUUGUAUCUUAAACCUAUGCCUUAAACUUGUGCCUUAAUCCGGUGCCUCAAUCCUGUGCCUAAAAGAUGUGCCUGAAAAUGGUGCCUUAACGCUGAUGAUAUUCUUUAUGGAUGGUGAAAACAUUGUAUUCGAGUACUAGGCAAGGCUGUUUUACCAACAAUAACACUAACAGAUUUGUAAGUUCUGGCUUUAUACAUGGUUCAUAAUGUCAUUACACAGUAAAUAUUCUAGUCAUUCAUGAAAGAUUAUCUCAUAGCCAUAUGAACCAACACUUGUCACUGAAUGAUCACUAGUCACUGAACCAACACAUGUCACUUAACUAACACAUGUCACUGAACCAACACUUGUCACUGAAUUAUCUCAAGCACACUGAACCAACACAUGUCACUGAACCAACACAUGUCACUGAACCAACACUUGUCACUGAAUUAUCACAAGCACACUGAACCAACACAUGUCACUGAACUAACACAUAUCACUGAACCAACACAUUUCACUGAACCAACACAUGCCACUUAACAAACACUUGUCACUGAAUUAUCACAAGCACACUGAACCAACACAUGUCACUGAACCAACACAUGUCACUGAACCAACACAUUUCACUGAACCAACACAUGCCACUGAACCAACACGUGUCACUGAACCAACAUAUGUCACUGAACCAACACAUGCCACUGAACCAACACAUUUCACUGAACCAACACUUGUCACUGAACCAACACAUGUCACUGAACCAACACAUGCCACUGAAGCAACACUUGUCACUGAACCAACACAUGUCACUGAACCAACAUUUGUCACUGAACCAACACUUGUCACCGAACCAACACAUGUCACUGAACCAACACAUGCCAAUGAAGCAACACUUGUCACUGAACCUACACUUGUCACUGAACCAACACAUGCCACUGGAGCAACACUUGUCACUGAACCUACACUUGUCACUGAACCAACACAUGUCACUGAACCAACACUUGUCAUUGAACCUACACUUGUGACUGAACCUACACUUGUCACUGAACCUACACUUGUCACUGAACCAACACUUGUCACUGAACCUACACUUGUCACUGAACCUACCCUUGUGACUGAACCUACACAUGUCACUGAACCAACACAUUUCACUGAACCAACACAUGUCAAUUAACCAACACUUGUCACUGAACAAACACAUGUCACUGAACCAAAACAUUUCACUGAACCUACACUUGUCACUGAACCUACACUUGUCACUGAACCAACACAUGUCACUGAACCAACACAAGCCACUGAACCAACACAAGCCAUUGAACCAACACAUGUCACUGAACCAACACAAGCCACUGAACCAACACUUGUCACCGAACCAACACAUGUCACUGAACCAAAUCUUGUCACUGAACCAACACAUGUCACUCAACCUACACAUGUCACUGAACCAAAACAUUUCACUGAACCUACACUUGUCACUGAACCUACACUUGUCACUGAACCUACACUUGUGACCUUUGUUUACAUGUUACUAGCAAAGCUGAAAGUAUAUUUGAUAUGAGAAAUUUUAAGAUUUUAAAACAUAAGUUGAGCAGAUUGUUUAAUGCGUCACCCCAAAACUGCAUAGUGUAUCUAAAGUCUGCAUUAAAAAUUUAAGGAUAUUUUCGUGACUUCACAUAUUUUAAGCAGAUCCAUAGAACAAUUUAGUGAGUAACCACCGCAAAAAUUGACAUGUUUUAAUCAACUCUCUUUAAACUUAAUUGAAUUUGAUGCCUAUAUUUUGAUUGAUGAUUGGAUGAAAAUUUAGAAUAAAAUGAAGUACAGUUUCGUCUAACUGACUCACAAAUAAAACAUCUCGGUUUUAAGCCACAUUUGUAGCAAUGUAUUAGACGUAUCAAAUUGAAGUAUCUAUUUUUAAAAUUUUUAAUUUCAGUUUUCGUUUCUGUUUAAAAUAAAUCAAAGUUUUUUCUUUGCUCAAGGAGUAACUUAGAACACACUUGUUUAUACGAUAAUGUUGAGAAUGUGCUAAUAAAUAAUUUGAUUCAAUUUGAUUGGGUUUUGUGACAGACUCAUUGGGUUGGCUUGAUUGUGCUCUGUGACAAACUCAUUGGUUUAAUUCGAUAGUCCUUUGCGACAAAAACAAUGUUUGAUUGUUUGUUUUUUAAAGCUUUGUUAAUGUUCCAUUGACUAGACCAGUGGUUCUCAACUUUUUUCAUAUUGGGGCGCCGUAAGCCUAAGGAAUUUAUCCUCGUGACAACACUUCUACCUUUUAUUUUUUAUUCAAUACACACACAUUCCCAUACAUACACACAUUCCCAUACAUACACACAUUCCCAUACAUACACACAUUCACAUACAUACACACAUUCCCAUACAUACACACAUUCACAUACAUACACACAUUCACAUACAUACACACAUUCACAUACAUUCACACAUUCCCAUACAUACACACAUUCACAUACAUACACACAUUCCCAUACAUACACACAUUCCCAAACAUACACAAAUUCCCAUACAUACACACAUUCCCAUACAUACACACAUUCCCAUACAUACACACAUUCACAUACAUAUACAUAUUCAAAUACAUAUACACAUGCACAUAGCGAGUGAAAUGUACGCAAAUGUAGGAACCAAUGAAACGUACACAUAUACGGAAGGUAAUGAAGUGUACACACAUACACGAAUCAAUGAACUGUGCAGGAAUUGGUGAAGUGUACACACUUAAACCAGUCAAUGAGGUUUACACACACAUGAGUCAGUCCAGUGUGAGCACUUAAAGGAGUCAGUGAAGUGUACACACAUACACGAGUCAGUGAAGUGUACACACUUACACGAGUCGGUGAAAUUUACACACUUACACGAGUCAAUGAAGUGUACACACAUAAAUGGUCUACACAUAAAUCCUUGAAUCCACGUUAUUCCCUUUUCACAUCAAAAACAAUUCUGGCCCAAUAUUUACUGCAUUCUCGGUAAAUGUACCUAGGUAACUCUAUAUUAAAUGGCUGCUAUACUGACUUCUUGAUGUCGUCAGGGGCAACUUAGAGCCACACAAAAACCAACAUUACGGGAAUUCCCCCAAACAAGCUUUCAAGCCAAUUUUCCAAGUACAGUAUUCUAGAUCGAUAUUUUAUUUUUAUCUUUGACGUCACACAACCAUUAUAUUAUGGCAUGCAACCUUCAAUAAAAUAGUUAUAUCUUUUUGAUUAGCUUUUGGACGAGAUAAGACAGCAAUGGCAUACAACCAAGGGUGAGUUGUCCUUUAAAUAGCAUAGUUAUCUCAGUGUUAUUUUUGAGACUCUGGUGUUAUAAUUUGUUGUUAUCCAUAUCCUUAGAAAAUAUGGCCUUCUAAAUCAUUUAAAUUACUGGAAUACACAUUCAUUUUGUUUUAAAUGUCAUUGCUUUAAUUUAGUUUGAAUCAUCUCCCAGGCGACAAGUUUUUUGUUGUUAUUUUAAGCUUGAUGCUCAGAGGUCAUGGCGUAGGAAGUUGGGAAUGUCCGCACCGGAUGACACAUUUUUCUAUAUCUAGAGAGCUACCAAUUUUUUCCACAGUGCCCACAGAAGGCCAUUCCAUUUCUCUUUAUUGAAUUCGAAAGACCACAUUUUUCCUCUCCUUGUGUACACUGCCUCAGUUCGACUUCUUCACAACAAUUCUUGAAUGUUUGUUAUUUCAUAGUUUAUUCUAGUUAUAUUGGACCAUAAUAUAAUGUAUAUAUAUGUAUAUAUAUAUAUAUAUAUAUAUAUAUAUAUAUAUGUAUAUAUAUAUAUAUAUAUGUAUAUAUAGUGUUUAAAUCGUAUGACUGACUCGACAAGUACCAAAAUGAUUAUAUAAUAUAUGAGUGUGUUACACAUCCGGGACACGUGAGUGUAUUAUACAGCCGUGACACGUAAUUGUAUUAUAUAGCCGUGAAACGUGAGUGUAUUAUACAGCCGCGACGCGUGAGUGUAUUAUACAGCCGUGACACGUGAGUGUACUAUACAGCCGUGACACGUGAGUGUAUUAUACAGCCGCGACACGUGAGUAUAUUAUACAGCCGUGACACGUGAGUAUAUUAUACAGCCGUGACACGUGAGUUUAUUAUACAGCCGGGAUACGUGAGUGUAUUAUUUAUUUAUUUAGGCAUUUUUUUUAAAUAGCGCUUACCUUAAAGCUCUAAGCGCUUUGCAAUUAUUAAAAACAUGUAAACUAAGUAAAAUAAAAAUGAGACAUUAGGAUAGUAACUACUUUACUAUAGAAACAAUUAAAAUGGCUAUAAAACGAGGACACUUUGGCACGUUUUGGCCUAUACUACAGGAACAGAAAAUGAGGCAGGGCAAGGAGGGUGCAUCACAGGUCAUAGGCGGACCUAAACAGAUGGGUUUUAAGGGACUUUUUAAAAGUGGACGAGGUUUCACAAUGACGGAUAUGGAAGGGGAGCUGGUUCCAGAACGUGGGCGCAUGGAAGCAGAAGGAGCGUUCACCGAUGGUCUUAGUAUUGGUUCUUGGGAUUGAGAGGGUUCUACUGUCAAUGGAAGAACGUAGUUGUCUUGUGGGGAUGUAAGGAAGCAACAGUUCAGAGAGAUAGACAGGAAAGUGAGGGUCAGUGAACGAGGUGAAGCAUAGAUUGGGACUUGUGAGUAGAUUCUACUGCGGGGUUAUUUGUAUUGUAGUACGCAGCCGGGACAUGUGAGUGUAUUAAACAGCCGGGACAUGUGAGUGUAUUAUACAGCCGGGACAUGUGAGUGUAUUAUACAGCCGGGACAUGUGAGUGUAUUAUUGUCGGCCCUGUACACUCACAUAAUAUGUCGGCCCUGUACACUCACAUAUAUACAGCCGGGACAUGUGAGUGUAUUAUACAGCCGGGACAUGUGAGUGUAUUAUACAGCCGGGACAUGUGAGUGUAUAAUAUAAUACCACCGGAACAUAUUAGUGCAUAAAAUAACAGGAUCUAAACGUUUGCCUUGCUAUAGAAUGUUGUAGAAUGUUGUAGAAUGUUGUAGAAUGUUGUAGAAUGUUGUAGAAUGUUGUAGAAUGUUGUAGAAUGUUGUAGAAUGUUGUAGAAUGUUGUAGAAUGUUGUAGAAUGUUGUAGAAUGUUGUAGAAUGUUGUAGAAUGUUGUAGAAUGUUAUAGAAUGUUGUAGAAUGUUGUAGAAUGUUUUAGAAUGUUGUAGAAUGUUGUAGAAUGUUGUAGAAUGUUGUAGAAUGUUAUAGAAUGUUGUAGAAUGUUGUAGAAUGUUGUAGAAUGUUGUAGAAUGUUGUAGAAUGUUGUAGAAUGUUGUAGAAAUUUGUAGAAUGUUGUAGAAUGUUGUAGAAUGUUGUAGAAUGUUGUAGAAUGUUGUAGAAUGUUGUAGAAUGUAUCUUACGUUAAUUACCACUGACGUCAUUUGCUGAACCAUGAUAUCCAACUUUUCAUAUUUCGUGAUACGCAAACAAAUUUCAUUGGAAGUCAUUCCUGGAACUCAACCAGAUCUCCAUUAUAAAAAACCUCGACCAUAAAUAAAAUUGAUCAACUCCUGCAUGUAACAACUCAUUGAACACAAAUCUGAAGACUUCUAAGAACUGGUUCUAGUGGUGCAUUGAAUUCAACAUUGAAAACUUUGUAUGUUACAUGAAAAGAUCACGUGAUAUUCAUAAUGGCACUAGGAAAAUCACCGUCUGCACUAUGUACACUAUUUGUCAUAACACCGUCUGCACCCUGUACACUAGUUGUCAUAACAUUGUCUGCACCCUGUACACUAGUUGUCAUAACAUUGUCUGCACCCUGUACACUAGUUGUCAUAACAUUGUCUGCACCCUGUACACUAGUUGUGACGUAGCUAAGCUUUUGCUAAUGGGACUUUACUUCCGUUUAUCGAAGAUUUGUGAAUUAGUGACGUAGCAGUCCUUUAUCUUACCCGGGACCGUACUGGUGUUCACUGACGUAGGUAGUAGGGGUCGCAAUCUGGGAUCCCGACUCUCGAAAAUACCGGAAUACCGGACCAUGAUCGAUGAUCGGAAAAAACCGGGAUUGGAUUUAUGAAAACCGGGAUUUUCAAUAAUCCGUGGAUUUCAUUAAAAAUAUUUAUCGCUUUCUUAGUUUCCAUGCCGUAGUUAAAGCAAGACAUAUCAAUCAUUGAUGUGACGUGCAAAGUGGGGAACCCCUCACACCACGUGUAUCAAGUUCAAAGAGAGCCGACCGACGUGCUAGAUCUCUGUACUCUUCAUUUGUCAACUAUCAUGGUGUUGUGAUUAGUUGCUUCUUUUACAACGUGCGUGUGUAGUGUGUAAGUGGAGACGUGAGUCACAACGUGCGUGUGUAGUGUGUAAGUGGAGACGUGAGUCACAACGUGCGUGUGUAGUGUGUAAGUGGAGACGUGAGUCACGACGUGAAGGUACAUGAUUGGAAAGUAAAAAAUGUUUUGAUAUUAUUAACAAAUAAAUCAUUUUUAUAGUCGAAUAAGAUAGAAUGUUGACAUACAUUAACAAUUUGUUUGUAACAUGAAAUAUAUGGAAAUAUUAACACGCUGCAUUCGAAUCACGGGGUAACAAAAUGGUUGAUUGCUUGAUUUCAUUUAAUUAGGCCAAAGUAUCUACACAUUAAAAAUUUUGAGUAUAUCCGUAUUUUGAUAAUCGAAUACCUUAAGUUUAAGACACAGAAAAGUUAUGUUACUACUAUUUUGUGAAAACAAUAAUAAUUCACACUCACCUCAUAAUUGAUUUACGAGCUAUAUUGUCCCAGGCUGAAUGUCUCAGUUUGUUUGUACCUUGCCUAGCCAAACAUUUACAUGACUGAAUGUCUCAGUUUGUCUGUACCUUGCCUAGCCAAACAUUUACAUGACUGAAUGUCCCAGUUUGUCUGUACCUUGCCUAGCCAAACAUUUACAUGACUGAAUGUCCCAGUUUGUCUGUACCUUACCUAGCCAAACAUUUACAUGACUGAAUGUCCCAGUUUGUCUGUACCUUACCUAGCCAAACAUUUACAUGACUGAAUGUCCCUGUUUGUCUGUACCGCACCUAGCCAAACAUGUACAUGACUCAAUGUCCCAGUUUGUCUGUACCUUGCCUAGCCAAACAUGUACAUGACUGAAUGUCCGAGUUUUUUCUGUACCUUGCCUAGCAAAACAUUUACAUGACUGAAUGUUUGAGUUUGUCUGAACCUUGCCUAGCCAAACAUUUACAUGACUGAAUGUCCGAGUUUGUCUGUACCUUGCCUAGCCAAACAUUUACAUGACUGAAUGUCCCAGUUUGUCUGUACCACCCCUAGCCAAAUAUUUACAUGACUCAAUGUCCCUGUUUGUCUGUACCGCCCCUAGCCAAACAUGUACAUGACUCAAUGUCGCAGUUUGUCUGUACCUUGCCUAGCCAAACAUUUACAUGACUGAAUGUCCCAGUUUGUCUGUACCUUACCUAGCCAAACAUUUACAUGACUGAAUGCCCGAGUUUGUCUGUACCUUGCCUAGCCAAACAUUUACAUGACUGAAUGUCCCAGUUUGUCUGUACCGUGAUUAUUUCAGAAAUUUUUCCCCGGGGGGCAAUUCAGAUUGUUUGGGGGGGGGGCAGUGCCAGCAGUGCCAGUUGAUUUAUUGAUGGACAUAUUUUUGCUCCGGGGGCACUUGGCUUUCCCCGAGGGAGGGCGGCGCUUAAUUUCACUUAAUUUGUUGUUGUUCUUGUCAUUGUUAAACUCAGGGAAAGCGGGUUCCGCCAUGAGUUGACCGCAACUCGUGACACCAACCCUAGCUACGCCACUGCCACUGCUUGUGUUUGCCGACCGUCUUUCCCAAUUGCACACACACACAAAAAGACAGGAAUGCAAUUCAAUCCCGGAAGAUCCAUGCGGGAACUCGAGAGGUGGGUGGGCAAUGGGGGCGAUAGACUCCUCACACGAUAACAGAUAUAUAUAUAUAUUUAAACCAAUUUUAACUUAACUGAAAAAGUGUUAUUGUUAUUGCAUUCAGUUUGUAGAACUUUUCGUAUAAGAUUAUAAUUACGUAGAAAAGUAGCCUUUACACAGGAAGAGGUUGUUAAAUUUAAUCUAGGAUGUUCCAGAAAUUUCUAUAUUUGUUCCAGAGAGAUAUAUAAUGGAAACAAAAAGCUUAUUGAAGUGUUAUUUAAGUCCAAUUAAUUUCUUUCUUUAUUUAUUUCUUAAUUUCCUGUGGAUUUUCAACGGAAUCCCACCGGGACCUGCAUCCCACCGGGAUCGAGAUCACUAUGGGUUCUAGAUCCCACCUGGAACAAAAUUUCAUCAGCAGAUUGGAUCCAAUUGGGAAACGGAAUCCCAUCUGGCUCCCAAUGGGUGUUGGGAUGACACUGGGAAAGGGAUCCCCCGGGAACGGGAUUCGAUCUGGAAAUGGAACCCAUUGGGAUCCCAACGGGGUCGGGAUCCAACCUUGAACGGGAUCCAACGGGGAAAUGGAUACAACUGGGGAAAGCAACCCACCAGGAUAUGGGAUCCCUUGUCGAAACGGGAUACCAUUGGGAUCCUACCGGGAACGAGAUCUAAUCGGGAUAUAGAUCAGACUUGGAAUCGGGAUCCAGUCUGAAUUCUGGCAUCAGAUGGGACGAUAUCUGGCAAAUUUAGUUCCUGAAGUUUAGGAGAGCAUGUCCGGCCUCUCUGAAAUAGAUCACUGACAACUAAGGUCAAUUGAAAGGUAGCUUCUGGCCACACCGUCUAAAUUUGUAUCUAAAUAACAGCAAAGGAAGAAAGGGUAACCUUAACUUUUGACAUCCUCAUUGCAAUGACAGCUUUGACACAACCCAAAAUCGAGGCCCUCUCUUAUUCCGGCACUAAAUGAAAUCUUAUAAUGCUACCUCCACUUCCUUCUCUUAAUCGAUUAUAUUGAUCUUAUUUAUGAUACCUAAGCGAAUCAAAAGCCUAACCAUAUUGUCUUCGAAUAGGUUUCUGUGCCACGUCUUGAAGUGUAAGCACGAGGUUGAGAAAAACGCACAAAUCAAUCAUAUCUAUGUGGGCUUAAAUGUUUUCUCCAAUGAUUUCGCCGGCUUAACAAUGAUUUUAAAGAGACUUUAAUUUUAAAUCUGUCUGUUUAUAUAAAGUCGAGCUAAGGGUAAUCUAGGACUUAGAUGAAAGAUAAAUCAAAAUAUAACUAACUGUGACCUUGUACUUAGAUAAAAGAUAACACAAAGUAGAGCUAAAGUAGAUCUAGGACUAAAAUGAAAGAUAAGACAAAGUAGAGCUAAGGUAGAUCUAGGACAAAAAUGAAAGAUAAGACAAAUUAGAGCUAAGGGUAAUAUAGGACUAAAAUGAAAGAUGAGACAAAGUAGAGCUAAGCGUGAUCUAGGACUAAAAUGAAAGAUAAGACAAAGUAGAGCUAAUGGGUAAUAUAGGACUAAAAUGAAAGAUAAGACAAAAUAGAGCUAAGGGUAAUAUAGGAAUUGGUUGAACGUUAAAAUAAAGUAAAAUAAAAUUAACAGUAAAAUACCCAAAAUGAUCGAAAAAAUAAUAAUUUAAAAACAUAUCUUUAAAAAAAAAAUUACUAACAAUUCAAUACAUUUUUAAGCACUCGGUACACCACGUUAAAUAGUUUACCAAGACGUAAUAGGUAAACAAAAGUGUACCUUUUUUUCAGAAUCAAGAUUGCUGCUGCAGGUUUGUCGAUUUUCGCAGCCGUGGCAUAUUUAAGAAGAAAGAAUGGCUUAGAAGAACAGAGAUCUCAAAAAUACUACCUCCAUGCCGCUGUGGCGGCUGAUACUUCGCUAGCCUCCAGCGUUGGAAGGUACGUCAAACAUCCGUCUUUGUAAGUCAUGUGUUGGAUGGUACGUCAAACAUCCAUCAUUGUAAGUCAUGUGUUGGAUGGUACGUCAAACAUCCGUCAUUGUAAGUCAUGUGUUGGAUGGUACGUCAAACAUAAGUCAUUGUAAGUCAUGUGUUGGAAGGUACGUCAAACAUCCGUCAUUGUAAGUCAUGUGUUGGAAGGUACGUCAAACAUCCGUCAUUGUAAGUCAUGUGUUGGAUGGUACGUCAAACGUCCGUCAUUGUAAGUCAUGUGUUGGAAGGUACGUCAAACAUCCGUCAUUGUAAGUCAUGUGUUGGAUGGUACGUCAAACGUCCGUCAUUGUAAGUCAUGUGUUGGAAGGUACGUCAAACUUCCGUCUUUGUAAGUCAUGUGUUGGAUUGGUACGUCAAAAAUCCGUCAAUGUAAGUCAUGUGUUGGAAAAUACGUCAAACAUCCGUCAUUUAAGUCAUGUGUUGGAUGGUAAGUCAAACAUCUGUCUUUGUAAGUCAUGUGUUGGAUGGUACGUCAAACGUCCGUCUUUGUAAGUCAUGUGUUGGAUUGGUACGUCAAACAUCCGUCAUUGAGAGUCAUGUGUUGGAAAGUACGUCAAACAUCCGUCAUUGUAAGUCAUGUGUUGGAUGGUACGUCAAACAUCCGUCAUUGUAAGUCAUGUUUUGGAUGGUACGUCAAACGUCCGUCAUUGUAAGUCAUGUGUUGGAAAAUACGUCAAACAUCCGUCAUUGUAAGUCAUAUAUUGGAUGGUAAGUCAAACAUCCGUCUUUGUAAGUCAUGUGUUGGAUGGUACGUCAAACGUCCGUCAUUGUAAGUCAUGUGUUGGAUGGUACGUCAAACGUCCGUCAUUGUAAGUCAUAUGUUGGAUGGUACGUCAAACGUCCGUCAUUGUAAGUCAUGUGUUGGAAGGUACGUCAAACAUCCGUCUUUGUAAGUCAUGUGUUGGAUUGGUACGUCAAACAUCCGUCAUUGAGAGUCAUGUGUUGGAAAGUACGUCAAACAUCCGUCAUUGUAAGUCAUGUGUUGGAUGGUACGUCAAACAUCCGUCAUUGUAAGUCAUGUUUUGGAUGGUACGUCAAACGUCCGUCAUUGUAAGUCAUGUGUUGGAAAGUACGUCAAACAUCCGUCAUUGUAAGUCAUAUGUUGGAUGGUACGUCAAACGUCCGUCAUUGUUUUUCUUGUGCCGGGAGGUACGUCAAACAUCCGUCAUUGUAAGUCAUGUGUUGGAUGGUACGUCAAACAUCCGUCAUUGUAAGUCAUGUGUUGGAUGGUACGUCAAACAUCCGUCAUUGUAAGUCAUGUAUUGGAUUGGUACGUCAAACAUCCGUCAUUGUAAGUCAUGUGUUGGAUGGUACGUCAAACGUCCGUCAUUGUUUUUCAUGUGCUGGGAGGUACGUCAAAUCUUAGUCAUGUGUUUAAUUGGUUCGUCAAACAUCCGUCUUUGUAAGUCAUGUGUUGGAAAGUACGUCAAACAUCCGUCAUUGUUUUUCAUGUGCUGGGAGGUACGUGAAACAUCCGUCAUUGUAAGUCAUGUGUUGGAUGGAACGUCAAACAUCCGUCAUUGUAAGUCAUGUGUUGGAUUGGUACGUCAAACAAUCAUCAUUGUAAGUCAUGUGUUUGAAGGUACGUCAAACAUCCGUCAUUGUAAGUCAUGUGUUGGAAAGUACGUCAAACAUCCGUCAUUGUUUUUCAUGUGUUGGAAGGUACGUCAAACAUCAGUCAUUGAAAGUCAUGUGUUGGAAGGUACGUCAAACAUCCGUCCAUCCGUCAUUGUAAGUCAUGUGUUGGAUGGUACGUCAAACAUCCGUCAUUGUAAGUCAUGUGUUGGAUGGUAAGUCAAACAUCCGUCAUUGUUUUUCAUGUGCUGGGAGGUACGUCAAAUGUUAGUCAUGUGUUUAAUUGGUUCGUCAAACAUCCGUCUUUGUAAGUCAUGUGUUGGAAAGUACGUCAAACAUCCGUCAUUGUUUUUCAUGUGCUGGGAGGUACGUCAAACAUCCGUCAUUGUAAGUCAUGUGUUGGAAGGUACGUCAAACAUCCGCCAUCGUAAGACAUGUGUUGGAAGUUAAUUCAAACAUCCGUCAUUUUUUUCAUGUGCUGGGAGGUACGUCAAAUGUUAGACAUGUGUUGGAUUGGUACGUCAAACAUCCGUCAUUGUAAGUCAUGUGCUGGGAGGUACGUCAAAUGUUAGUCAUGUGUUGGAUGGUACGUCAAACGUCCGUCAUUGUUUUUCAUGUGCUGGGAGGUACGUCAAAUGUUAGUCAUGUGUUGGAUUGGUACGUCAAACAUCCGUCAUUGUAAGUCAUGUGUUGGAAGGUACGUCAAACAUCCGUCUUUUUAAGUCAUGUUUUGGAAAUUACGUCAAACAUCCGUCAUUGUAAGUCAUGUGUUGGAAGGUACGUCAAACAUCCGUCAUUGUAAGUCAUGUGUUGGAUUGGUACGUCAAACAUAAGUCAUUGUAAAUCAUAUGUUGGAUUGGUACGUCAAACAUCCGUCAUUGUAAGUCAUGUGUUGUAUUGGUACGUCAAACAUCCGUCAUUGUAAGUCAUGUGUUGCAUUGCUACGUCAAACAUCCGUCCUUGUAAGUAUUGUGUUGGAUUGGUACAUCAAACAUCCGUCAUUGUAAGUCAUGUGUUGGAUUGGUACGUCAAACAUCCGUCUUUGUAAGUCAUGUGUCGGAAGGUACGUCAAACAUCCGUCAUUGUAAGUCAUGUGUUGGAUGGUACGUGAAACAUCCGUCCAUCCGUCUUUGUAAGUCAUGUGUUGGAUGGUACGUCAAACAUCCGUCAUUGUAAGUCAUGUGUUGGAAGGUACGUCAAACAUCCGUCAUUGUUUUUCAUGUGCUGGGAUGUACGUCAAAUCUUAGUCAUGUGUUUAAUUGGUUCGUCAAACAUCCGUCUUUGUAAGUCAUGUGUUGGAAAGUACGUCAAACAUCCGUCAUUGUUUUUCAUGUGCUGGAAAGGUACGUCAAAUGUUAGUCAUGUGUUUAAUUGGUUCGUCAAACAUCCGUCUUUGUAAGUCAUGUGUUUGAAGGUACGUCAAACAUCCGUCAUUGUAAGUCAUGUGUUGGAAGGUACGUCAAACAUCCGUCAUUGUAAGUCAUGUGUUGGAAGGUAUGUCAAACAUCCGUCAUUGUAAGUCAUGUGUUGGAAGGUACGUCAAACUUCCGUCAUUGUAAGUCAUGUGUUGGAUGGUAAGUCAAACAUCCGUCAUUGUAAGUCAUGUGUUGGAAGGUACGUCAAACAUCCGUCAUUGUAAGUCAUGUGGUGGAAGGUACGUCAAACAUCUGUCAUUGUAAGUCAUGUGUUGGAAGGUACGUCAAACAUCCGUCAUUGUAAGUCAUGUGUUGGAAAGUGCGUCAAACAUCCGCCAUUGUAAGUCAUGUGUUGGAUGGUAAGUCAAACAUCCGUCAUUUUUUUCAUGUGCUGGGAGGUACGUCAAAUGUUAGUCAUGUGUUGGAUGGUACGUCAAACAUCCGUCUUUGUAAGUCAUGUGUUGGAAAGUACGUCAAACAUCCGUCAUUGUAAGUCAUAUGUUGGAUUGGUACGUCAAACAUUCGUCAUUGUAAGUCAUGUGUUGGAUUGGUACGUCAAACAUCCGUCAUUGUAAGUCAUGUGUUGGAAUUCAUAUCAAUUGAACGUUAUUUUUUAUCUGGAUCUUAAUGAUAAAAUGAUGAGACAAACAAGUGAUUAUUUGUGUUUUGUUAGGAAGUAAGACUAAUGAUUAUGGAAGCAAGUCAGACCAAUUGUUAUGUCAGAAUAAUAGACUAUUUUUUAAGUGAAGAAGACUAAUGGAUAUGUGAUAAAGAAAGACUAGUAGUUAUGUUAUGAAGUUAGACUGAUUGUAAUGUGAGGAAUUUAGACUAAUUUAAACUGUGAUUUUCAUUAAUGUUCAACGUAUGUCUUAUUAAUAUGUUUUUGUUGCUUGAACUUCUUUUAGUUAUCUAUUGUAAUUUUUUUCAGUUCUUUUGCCAUUCUUUCAGUUCUCUUGUCAUUCUUUCAGUUCUUUUGUCAUUAUUUCAGGUCUAUAAUCAUUCUUUCAGUUCUAUUGUUUGUCAUUCUUUCAGUUCUUUUGCCAUUCUUUCAGUUCUCUUGUCAUUCUUUCAGUUCUAUUGCCCUUGUUUCAGUUUAUUUCCAUUCUUUCAGUUCUAUUGUCAUUCUUUCAGGUCUAUAGUUAUUCUUUCACGUCUAUAGUCAUUCUAUCAGUUCUAUUGUCAUUCUUUCAGUUCUAUUGCCCUUGUUUCAGUUUAUUGCCAUUCUUUCAGUUCUAUUGUCAUUCUUUCAGGUCUAUAGUCAUUCUUUCAGGUCUAUAGUCAUUCUUUCAGUUCUAUUGUCAUUCUUUCAGUUCUUUUGCCAUUCUUUCAGUUCUCGUGUCAUUCUUUCAGUUUUAUUGCCCUUCUUUCAGUUUCUUGCUAUUCUUUCAGUUCUAUUGUCAUUCUUUCAGGUCUAUAGUCAUUCUUUCAGGUCUAUAGUCAUUCUUUCAGUUCUGUUGUCAUUCUUUCAGUUCUUUUGCCAUUCUUUCAGUUAUCUUGUCAUUCUUUCAGUUUUAUUGCCCUUCUUUCAGUUUCUUGCCAUUCUUUCAGUUCUAUUGUCAUUCUUUCAGGUCUAUAGUCAUUCUUUCAGGUCUAUAGUCAUUCUUUCAGUUCUAUUGUCAUUCUUUCAGUUCUUUUGCCAUUCUUUCUCUUCUCUUGUCAUUCUUUCAGUUCUAUUGCCCUUCUUUCAGUUUAUUGCCAUUCUUUCAGUUUAUUGUCAUUCUUUCAGUUCUAUUGUCAUUCUCUCAGUUCCCGCCGACAUGCAUUUAGUCAAAUAAAAUAAUCUAAGAUAACUGUGUCUCCAUCUUUACAGAGACAUCUUGUUAAAAGGUGGCAAUGCUGUGGACGCCGCCAUUGCAGCCAUGCUAUGUUCCGGGCUGACCAGUCCACAGUCUAUGGGCAUAGGAGGUGGAUUCUUCAUGACAUUUUAUAGAAGGUUGUCUUUUGUCAUGACAGUUUAUAGAAGGUUGUCUUUUGUCAUGACAGUUUAUAGAAGGUUGUCUUUUGUCAUGACAAUUUAUAGUAAUUUACUUAUUAUUAUUAUUUUUUACAGGUCAUAGAAAAAAAAUAAUAUAAUAUAUAGAUUGUUGGUUUGGUUUCGAGAUAUAUAGAAGGGUAUUUUUUCAUUUAAAAUGGUAUAGUAGGUUGGGGUAUAAUUUAUUGAACAAAGUAAUUACGUCAGUAGUUAGUCGAUGAGGUUUUAAUAACUAAUUUAUAAUUGUACUCAAGGCUUUCCACACAGCGAUACAUUCCCCGCGAUUGCAGAUUGAAAUGUAUGAAGUAAGGGCAUAAUGAUAUAGUAAUAACAAUUGAGUUGGGCUAUCAUUACAACAGUGGAUGUGUGAUAUCAUAAAAAAAGUGGAUGUGUGAUAUCAUUACAACAGUGGAGGUGUGAUAUCAUUACAACAGUGGAUGUGUGCUAUCAUUACGACUGUGGAUGUGUGCUAUCAUUACAACAAUGGAUGUGUGCUAUCAUUACAACAUUGGAUGUGUGCCAUAUUACAACAGUGGAUAAUAAUAAUAAUAAUAAUAAUAAAGUUUAUUUGAAAAACACGAUUCAUCCCCAAAAGCUCAAAGCACGGUACAAAGUAAACUAUAAUUAAAAUUAAAAUAAAAAUAAAAACAAUCUAAAAUUUACCACAUUUUAAAAAAAAUGAUGCAACAAUGUAAAACUCCAUACGAGCAUACCAAGUCAAAGUCUUUCAUUCCGUUUCAACACAAGCCAAUAUACAUUAACUGAAAAAGAUGGUAGAUAGCAUCACCCCAAAAGGUGUUUGCGAAAUAGAUGUGUUUUUAAAUCGGUUCUAAGGGACUCCAGUGUCUGGCUGUUUCUGAGAGCGACUGGAAGGGCGUUCCAAAUUGUUGGGCCGGCAAAUGCAAAAGUGCGCUUUCUGUAAGUCUCAAGGCGAACACACGGUAUCGAUAUUUUACCACUAUAGGAUGAGUGGAGCUCUCUAGUGGGUACAUAAGGCGUCAUGAGCGCUUUGAGAUAGGACGGCGCCAGGUCAUGUAAGCAGCGGUAGCACAAAGUUGCAAUUUUGUACUCUAUGCGAGCACGCACCGGCAGCCAGUGCAACUCUAUCAGAAGUGUUUUUGCAUGGUCGAAUUUGUGUUUGCGAAGAACAAUGCGAGCCGCAUUAUUCUGUGCUCUUUGAAUUUUAUCCAGGAGCGUAGCUGGGAGACCCACCUUGAGAGCAUUGCAGUAGUCCAUUCGUGAUAACACAAAUGCAGUCAUUAGCCUCUUUGUGGCAUCUAACGUUAAGAAAGGUCUGAUAUGACUAAUCCUGUGCAGCUUUAGGAAAAUUGCCUUGCAAAGCAUGUUAUAUGAUUUUCCAUAUUUAGUGUUCUGUCUAAAUAGACACCUAGGUCUCGCACUGUAUGAGCAAACUCAAUCUGCAUACCUGAGAGAGUAAGUGAUUUUGUGUUUUUCACAGAUUUUUGUUUCUGAGCAGUGGGAAUGGGGAUCAGCUCAGUCUUUUCAUCAUUCAAUUUGAGCUUGUUUAUGGUCAUCCAGUGCUUAACUGAAUCCACUGUCUUCUGUGUCGUACUAAGAAGUUGAAGGAACUGAGAGGGGAUCACGGAUUGAUGAAGUUGUGUAUCGUCCGCGAAGAUGUGAUACAGCAUGUCAAAUUGCUUGAUCACUGCACCCAGUGGCUGAACGUACAUAGUGAAAAGCAUAGGGCCUAGGACCGAGCCCUGCGGUACUCCGAAUUCAAUUAUACAUUACUUCAACGUCAAGCCGUUUGAAAUAACUGACUGGACCCAAUUUGUCAGAUACGAGUGAAACCAUCUCAGGACGGUAUCUGUGAGACCGAACGUUUUUUGCAGACGCUUGAGUAGUAUGCCGUGGUCAAGUGUAUCGAAAGCUGCCGAAAAAUAGAGUAAAGACAAAAUGGAUGCCUGGCCCUCAUCACAAGACGACAGAAGGUUGUUUGUGACGCACAACAGGGCUGUCCCAGUAGAGUGGUGCGCCCUGUAUGCUGACUGGAAAGGUUCAAACAAGUCAUAUUGAAUGAGGUGAUCCAGGAGUUGGCGGAGAACGACUUUUUCCUAAGAUGUUGGGUAUAAAUGGUAGAUUUGAGAUGGGGCGAUAACUUUCCAUCACAUUUGGGUCAAGAUUUGAUUUCUUUAACAGUGGCGUUACUAUUGCCUCUUCAAAAUAUCUUGGAACAAACCAGUUGUCAAGGACUUAAUUUAUGAUACAAAUGUUGAUGGGGACUAUUUCAUCCAGACAUUCAUACAACAGCCUUGUUGGAAGAGGGUCGAGUGAGCAUGACUUUCUCGGGGUAUUAGCCACGAUUUUCCUCACAUUCGAUUCACUGAUCUCAACAAAUUCACCCACAGGAGAGCCGUUGAAGAGUGAGAAUUCUUGAGCAGUAGCGAUGCAACUGUCAAGUUUCGCCCUGAUCUACUUGGCUUUUGUAAUAAAGUAGUCAUUUAGAGCGUCUGGCAGCUCUUCUACAGCAAUGUUAUUUGGCAGAGAUGUGGCCUUGUUUAUACCGGUCAGCUAACCCACAAUGCGAAAUAAGUCCUGGUUUGAGCUGCUGCCUGUAAUCUGAUGACUAACAUCUAGCUGGAAGGAACAACCUCUUGGUUCGUUCCCUGUGGUCAACAAAGAUUUGCCGUUGCACAGUCAAGCCCGACUUCCGUCAUUGGCGUUCUGCAAGUCGCUGUUUCUGCUUAGCGUACUUAAUUUCGGGCGUGAGCCUUGGGGCGGAAGGGCGGUCCGUAACUCACCGUGUGGACAGUGGUGCAUGUUUGUCUAAAAUGACUCUGAGGCCACUGUUGUAGUCUGUAGCAGCGUCAUCUUCACUGCACUCAAGGGCUGCGACGCCACAUCUAAAGGCCGCUAGAUCUAUAUGUCAGAGGUCACGGGAUGUUACUGAGCGCAGAAGGCGUCCUGGCUUCCUCAAGUCAAAGUCGAAGGCGACUGGGAAGUGAUCAGAAAUAAGUUUGUCCUCAAUAAUGAAGUUGCGGAUCAUUGCUGCGCGGUCUUCUCUGACAACAACCAAUCUAGGAUUUGGCCUCGCUUCUGCGUCGGGACACUGACAAGCUGCGUCAUUCAGUGCGUGUCGAGAGCUGAUUUUAGGGUCUUCACGUAGCUGUCGGUGGUGGAGUCGAAAUGGCAGUUUAUGUCGCCGAUUAUAAUGACAUUGUUGUUGCGUACAUGUCAAGGAUUUUAUAAACUCCACAGUAAACUGACAGAUCUUCAACUUAUUUUGCUUAUUUGGAGGUGGCCUGUUUAUGCACAGAAACUUCAUCGCUUGUUCACCGUAAUUAAGUUGCAUUUUGCACAUUUCAAAUGAAACAAACUCGUCCAAUUUUGAGAAGGCCAAACUAUUUUUAAGGGAGUUCCUGUAAAGGACGGCAAUACCACCACCACUGCGCGACUGCCGUGGGCAAGAGUGAAGGACGUAGUACGGACGUGUAAUUUCUUGAAGCUUCACCUCAUCUCCGACACGUUUAAACCACGUCUCGGUAAUGAACACAAGGUCGGCCCUGCUCUCCAAGACAAGAUCACACACCUCGGCCGUCUUAUUCCUGCAGGACUGGGAGUUGAAAUAUAGCACUCCGAAAUGCCGUGAUUGCGGCUUCACAGCAGGCUGGCAGUCAACAACUAUUAAAUUUGAUCGCGUCACGGCCCGACGAGGCGGUGUGACAUCAUGAGCCACCGGCCGUGCUCUUGGGAUUGAUACGUAGGGAAUGGUCGUGAUGGAUGACACAGUAUGUGGCUGAUUUCCGUCGUUACUGACAGCCUCGUUUAAAGGCUUGACAUGACGAUCUCCACAAGCAAUACUGUUGACAUGGCUUUGGCCAUGGUGGUAUUUCAGUGGACGCUGUUUCCGACGAACAUCUCGAUACAGACGCUUCUUCUUUCGUCGUGCGCCAACUUUCCGUCCACCACUACGAUGGGUACGCUUACGGGGCAGGCCUCGACCGAUGCAGAGUUCUAUCAGUCGAUACACCAAAUGGGAGUCGCUUAGUCACUUCCUUGUUUUGUCACGUGAUGAGAGUAAGCCAUCACUAGGCUGCAACACACUCUAAAAGAUAACAGCUGAUCUGCCAUUAAUUUUUAAGAAAAAUGUUCGUCUUCAUCAGUGCUUCCCCAAUGUCAUGUUACCUAAAAAUUUUACCUUUCAAAAUAUUCUGGCAAACACUUGUUUAUUUUAAUGAAAUAUAUAAAUGUGACCAUAAAUAUACGUCAGUUAUGAUUAAAGGAAGAAAAUUAUUUCAAGAAAAAUGUGUGAGCGAUAUUCGAUGGGAACUUGAGCUCCGUGCCCAUGACGUCAUUUUCGUGUUUAAUAUAUGUGCAAGAGUCAUUCCUCUUUAUUUUAUUGUUAAUUUUCAUUGGACGAAAUGUCGGCAUACCCAAUGACGUCAUUUGCGUGUUUAUUCAAUAGGAAGGAAUAUUUUAAUAACCGGUUGGAACAAGAUUUCAUGUGAAUAAUUAACGAAGGUCCACUUUGUCAAGCAAUUGUCUUAAAGUUUUUUUAUCCUUAAGCGGAAACUUAUUCAGACUUAUACCGCUGUCCUUAACUUGACUGUUUGAACAGCCAAGAGCCGAACAUUGCCUAGGUAUCUUGUAGUGUGUAACGGGCUACUGUUGUCAAGCCCUAGUGUGUUGCAUAGAGCCUACCGGAAGUCUUACUCAUAUUUACUCUCAUCACGUGACAAAACAAUUGACUAAGCGACUCCCAUCAGCAGUCAAGAGUAUGCGUUUGACAUUAAUUGACAAUAAUCGAUCACGUGAGUACAUCAACCGGGACGUGUCGCCAAGCGUAUCAUUAGCUUGCAUGAGCAAUGAUUUUGAUGACAGCUAAGAUGGCCGACUACGCAAAGAAAACAGGAACACAUAUAAAAUUAAAAUAUGAUCAAGAGCUUGAUUCUAUACAUGCCUGUAAGGCGUAGUCUCAAGCUUAAGACAACUUUGACUUCCCCAAAAUUAAAUUUUGUAAUUUUGAUAAUCAUUACACAGUUUCUUCUUGAUUUGUGUACAAUGUCGGCAUUCAAAACUUAAAAGGCCGCCAUCUUGUUGCUAGCCGGAAGUUAUAUAUAUCAUUAAAACAAUUGUUGUGUGCUAUCAUUACAACAAUGGAGGUGUGCUAUCAUUACAACAAUGGAUGUGGGCUAUCAUUACAACCAUGGAUGUGUGCUAUCAUGACAACAAUGGAUGUGGGCUAUCAUUACAACCAUGGAUGUGUGCUAUCAUGACAACAGUGGAUGUGUGAUAUCAUUACGACGGUGCUAUGUGUGCUAUCAUGACAACAGUUGAUGUGUGAUAUCAUUACAACAGUGAAUGUGUGCUAUCAUUACAACAAUGGAUGUGUGCUAUCAUUACAACCAUGGAUGCGUGCUAUCAUGACAACAGUUGAUGUGUGAUAUCAUUACAACAAUGUGUUAGUAGCAAAAUCUGUCCAUUUAUUGUAAUUAAGGUUUUUUUUAGGGUAAAAAUUAAUAUUAAUAAUGAUACUUCUUGUAAGUUGAAAUGUACACGUUCUGGUAUACCGCAUGCAUCUUGUUGACAUUGUCUCCCCAGAAAUUAUUCUUCAUCAGGUUACAAAAUUAUAAUAUAAGGUCGUAUUUAAAAAAAAAUUGUUUUGUAUUUAAGCAUUAAAUAAAAUCGGUCUACAUAAAUCACUGACAGGUUUUGGAAAUGUUAUUACAUUUAGGGUUUUACUUUAUUUCUGAUGAUCUAACCUCUUGCAGACAUGACGGCUUUUCCACCACCAUAGAUGCCAGAGAAACAGCCCCGGAGCGGGCAACGGAGAACAUGUUUGUAGGGAACUCUAAAUCUUCAUCUGAAGGUAAUUGAACAAAUGAAACGACCAAGAAGAAAAAUAGCAAGAAGAACAACAUUGUGAAUUGACGUCUUAAAGGAAAUAUUGGGUCUGCUAAUGGUGGUCUUGGAUCUGCUAAUGGUGGUCGAGAUUAAAUUCAGAGUACAUCGGACUCUUGCGUACGCUUUUAAUACACUUAUACACUUGAACACUUAUAUCUCCUGACAACCCCCCCUCCCCUAUCUCAACAAUUUAUAAUGGUGUAGCUGUGUUAAGCUUGACAAUUUUUGCUUACAAAAAAAGCCUGUAUACUAUUUUUCUUAGGGCCUUAACAUGUACACACGAAAAUUUCUAAUUGCUUUACAUUUUCUAGCUGUUUGAUACAAAUUUUUUUUUUUUCUUUUUUUUUUUUUUUUGUUGUUUUUUUUUUUUUUUUUUUUUUUUUUUUACAUUUUAAGACCGACUUUACCGACCCUCAAAAAAUUUUUUUUNAGCCUUAGAGUUCUGGCAUGGCGCGGACACCAGCGCAUAAGUCGCCUGUCUCACAGAGCCUUAGAGUUCUGGCAUGGCGCGGACACCAGCGCAUAAGUCGCCUGUCUCACAGAGCCUUAGAGUUCUGGCAUGGCGCGGACACCAGCGCAUAAGUCGCCUGUCUCACAGAGCCUUAGAGUUCUGGCAUGGCGCGGACACCAGCGCAUAAGUCGCCUGUCUCACAGAGCCUUAGAGUUCUGGCAUGGCGCGGACACCAGCGCAUAAGUCGCCUGUCUCACAGAGCCUUAGAGUUCUGGCAUGGCGCGGACACCAGCGCAUAAGUCGCCUGUCUCACAGAGCCUUAGAGUUCUGGCAUGGCGCGGACACCAGCGCAUAAGUCGCCUGUCUCACAGAGCCUUAGAGUUCUGGCAUGGCGCGGACACCAGCGCAUAAGUCGCCUGUCUCACAGAGCCUUAGAGUUCUGGCAUGGCGCGGACACCAGCGCAUAAGUCGCCUGUCUCACAGAGCCUUAGAGUUCUGGCAUGGCGCGGACACCAGCGCAUAAGUCGCCUGUCUCACAGAGCCUUAGAGUUCUGGCAUGGCGCGGACACCAGCGCAUAAGUCGCCUGUCUCACAGAGCCUUAGAGUUCUGGCAUGGCGCGGACACCAGCGCAUAAGUCGCCUGUCUCACAGAGCCUUAGAGUUCUGGCAUGGCGCGGACACCAGCGCAUAAGUCGCCUGUCUCACAGAGCCUUAGAGUUCUUGCAUGGCGCGGAAACCAGCGCAUAAGUCGCCUGUCUCACAGAGCCUUAAAGUUCUUGCUCACAUGAUAUUUACAAAUCCUCCGAUGCAUUCUUCAUCUUAAGUUUAUAUCCAGAUCCCCCCUUUUAAUAUACAGAGAUAUUUCUAUCCACGCCCUGAAUAUGUAGAGUUUUCUCUAUCCACAUCCACACUAAUAUCCAGAGAUUUCUCUAUACCCUUCCACACCCUUGAUAUCCAGAUAUAUAUCUAUCCACAUCCACACCCUUGAUAUCCAGAGAUUUCUCUAUCCACAUCCACACCCUUGAUAUCCAGAGAUUUCUCUAUCCACAUCCACACCCUUGAUUUCCAGAGAUUUCUCUAUCCACAUCAACACCCUUGAUAUCCAGAAAUUUCUCUAUCCACAUCCACACCCAUGAUAUCCCGAGCUUUCUCUUUCCACAUCCACACCCAUGAUAUCCCGAGAUUUCUUUAUCCACAUCCACACCCAUGAUAUCCCUAGAUUUCUCUAUCCACAUCCACACCCAUGAUAUGCCGAGAUUUCUUUAUCCACAUCCACAACCAUGAUAUCCCGAGGUUUCUCUUUCCACAUCCACACCCAUGAUAUCCCUACAUUUCUCUAUCCACAUCCACACCCAUGAUAUGCCGAGAUUUCUUUAUCCACAUCCACACCCAUGAUAUCCCGAGAUUUCUUUAUCCACAUCCACACCCAUGAUAUCCCGAGGUUUCUUUAUCCACAUCCACACCCAUGAUAUCCCGAGAUUUCUUUAUCCACAUCCAUGCCCAUGAUAUCCCGAGGUUUCUCUUUCCACAUCCACACCCAUGAUAUCCCUAGAUUUCUCUAUCCACAUCCACACCUUCCACACCCAUGAUAUCCCGAGCUUUCUCUUUCCACAUCCACACCCAUGAUAUCCCGAGAUUUCUUUAUCCACAUCCACACCCAUGAUAUCCCUAGAUUUCUCUAUCCACAUCCACACCCAUGAUAUCCCGAGAUUUCUUUAUCCACAUCCAUGCCCAUGAUAUCCCGAGGUUUCUCUUUCCACAUCCACACCCAUGAUAUCCCUAGAUUUCUCUAUCCACAUCCACACCCAUGAUAUCCCGAGGUUUCUCUUUCCACAUCCACACCCAUGAUAUCCUGAGAUUUCUUUAUCCACAUCCACACCCAUGAUAUCCCUAGAUUUCUCUAUCCACAUCCACACCCAUGAUAUCCCGAGGUUUCUCUUUCCACAUCCACACCCAUGAUAUCCCUAGAUUUCUCUAUCCACAUCCACACCCAUUAUAUCCCGAGAUUUCUCUAUCCACAUCCACACCCAUGAUAUCCCUAGAUUUCCCGUGAUAUCCAUAGAUUUCAAAUGUCCAUUCCGUCUCACAGGCCCACUGAGCAUAGCGGUUCCAGGCGAAAUCAAAGGAUACUGGGCUGUUCAUAAAAAAUAUGGGAGACUCCCGUGGAAGGAACUAUUUCAGCAUGCCAUUAAAAUGGCUGAAGAAGGGUUUGCUGUUCCUGCAGGACUUGAUAAGGCCAUACAAGACGCUGAGCAGGAUCUGCUUCUAGAGCCAUCAUUCAAGUAAGUGUCAACAUUUUUCAAAGAAAUUGCGUUCAAUUAAAUAAAUAUCCCGAAAAGAAUAUUUAAUGCAACAAAUGUCACUGAAGGGAGAUUCAAUGAACAAAAACAAAAAAACUAACAUGAGUAGCAGUGGCUUAUGAGAAGUGGGGUGGGGAGGGGGGUUAAAUGGGGGGAGGGGAGGUGUUAACCCCAGGAAGUAUUUUUAUUUUUAAUGGCAAUAUUUUUUGGCUAAUUGCUAAGUUUUAUUUUUAGUUUGUAUGUGUGUGUGUGUUGAAUGGGUGGCAAAACGCUUGCCCGUCCACUGCUUGCACAACCCUAGUUACACCACUAGUAUUUGAUUUGGCAUUCUUCUUGUUAAUUGCUAAAGAAUCAGACGUCUGCUUCAGCCAAACCAUUGGGCUCAUUAAUGCGCACUCAUCUAUAAAGAAAGCAUUGGUCAUCAAUGAUCUUAUCACUGAGAAGUCUAUUAACAUUAUUAUUAUCACGGAGACAUGGCUUCAUGAGGGUGGUGAUGAACCAGCAAUGCGAGACAUGACCCCUGCAAUGAGAGACAUGACCCCAGCAAUGAGAGACAUGACCCCAGCAAUGAGAGACAUGACCCCUGCCGGCUACGCUUUUUUCAUCGUCCUCGGUCUUCUGGUCAAAGUGGUGGGAGGGUGGCUGUGAUCCAUCGAUCCUCCAUUACUGUGAGACUGUGUAAUCAAUAUACUUUAGCUUCUUUUGAGAGUUUAAGGCUUGUAAUUUCUCACGGCAAAGAGACGGUACGAACUGUCGCUCUAUACAGACCUCCACCUUCUGCUUAAAAGAAGCUCAAAGACAGCACGUUUCAUGAGGACUUGGGGAAAACUUGUAACCUCUAUUGACAACAAAAAUCUACUCAUCUUAGGUGACUUUAAUUUUCACUGGGAUUAUCAACGUUGCAGGAAUAUUCGCCUUCUUACACAGUUGUUUGACUCUGCUAAUUUAGUUCAGCAUGUUUCUGUACCAACGCAUAGGGGGGGGGGGUUAUGUCUUGGACUGGGUUCUAUCAAGAUCCGACAAAGAGCUAUUAAUUCAGUCUGUGAAUGUGGACGAUAUUCUAUUGUCUGAUCACUUCCUUGUGUGGUUUACAACAAAUAUGGCUAGGCCUCUUGCUCAGGUGGAGAAAAUUCAAGUGAUGAACUUAAAGAAGAUGGAUAUUGAUUCUUUUCUGGAUUGUCUUUCUGAGACUGCACCACCUGAAGAUAUCGCCCUUCUCUACAAUCGGACUCUCAUUUCUCUGUUGGACACAUAUGCCCCAGGGUCAAAUAAAUUUGUUAGUGACAGAUCUAACUCCUCUUGGUUCACUCCCACAGUUCGGAAAGCCAAGCUUGUUAGACGUGUAGCUGAGAAGCUGUUGGAGAAGGAGUGGCCGUGAACUUCUGGAAAAACUAUCAUCUCUGAAAGCACGCAACAUGAAUGCCGAAGAAAUCAGGCACGCAAAGUCUGAUCAUGUUCAAUCUUUCCUUAUGGCGGCAGGUACUGAUUCUCAAAAGAUGUUCUCUGUGUCGAAUGAUCUUCUUGGGAAGAAAUCAGCACCUCUCGUUUUGCCUGACUUGAGAAGCGAUAAAGCUGCCGUUAAACUGCGUGAUUUUUUCUCUGAAAAAAUUGAAACAAACAGAAGGAGCUUUGGGGAACGUUGUGAUUUGUCUACGGUGGAAAAAGUCAUUGAAGGCAAACAUCAGGAGGAAUUUUCCCCCGUUUCCCAUGAAAAAUUAAGAAAUAUAAUCAUGGCAUCUAGACCUACAUGUCUAUUGUUGACCCCAUCCCAAACAAGAUUGUUUUGGUCUGUCUGGAAGUCUUGCUUCCUGUACUGGUAAACAUCGUCAAUAUUAGCCUUCAAUCUGCUACAGUUCAAAGUCUCUUCAAGACAGUGUGGUCUUUAAGCUUCUGCUGAAAAAAAAAACUGAUUUAGGCCCAAAGGACUGCAAUAAUUUUCGCCCGGUCUCCAACCUGCCCUUUGUAUCUAAGAUUCUUGAGAGAGUUGUGUCACAGCAGCUUGUGCAGCAUCUUAACACUUAUGACUUGCUUGACAAGUUUCAAUCUGCAUAUCGAACCUGGCACAGCUGUGAGACAGCAUUACUUCGUUUUAUGAAUGAUGUUCUUUGUAGUGCUGACCGUGGGGAUCUGACAAUAAUUUUGUUUCUGUUGGAUCUCAGUGCUACCUUUGAUAUGAUCGACCAUGAGCUUCUUCUGUCAAGACUUCUGAAUGUGGCAGGCAUUACUGUAACUGCAUUCCACUGGUUUUCUUCUUAUCUGACUGACAAGACUCAGCAUAUUGUAGUGAGGCAAGCGUCUUCCAUGGACACGUCCGUUACCCGCAGUGUGCCACAGGGCUCAGUUUUAGGACCUAUGCUGUUCUCCAUGUACACUAGCCAGCUUGGCAGAAUUAUUGAACGCCAUGGUAUUUCCCGCAAAAUAUUUGCAGAUGACCCAUAACUAUACAAGUGUUUCCGCCCUGCUCCCUUGGAGUGUGCUACUGCUGUUCAGGCUGUCGAGGAUUGCUGUCUUGCUGUGAAAGAUUGGAUGUCAUCAAACAGACUAAAAUUAAAUGAUGAUAAUACUGAUGCAAUUAUUUUUGGUUCAGACACCAAUCUUCGGAAAUUUGCCAUUGCAUCAAUAAAAGUUGGUGAAUCAGAGAUCCUGUUGUCCUCAACUAUCAGAGACCUUGACUUUUAUAUUGACAGAAAACUUAGUAUGAUUCCCCAUAUCAGUUCUGUUGUCAAGGUAUGCUUUUGUCAUCUACGUCCUCAACUCAAAAGGAAAAAAGCCAAUGCUGUCAAGAUUAGAUUACUGUAAUAGUUGUUUGUUGGGUUUGCGCCAAAAGAUACAACAUUACUGCAGCACGCAUUGUAUCGCGGAUGAAAAAAUCUGACCACAUCACCCCAGUUCUACGAGAUCUCCAUUGGGUUCCUGUGAGUGAGCGCAUUAAUUACAAAAUUCUGUCCAUGGCGUACAGCUGCAUAGAUGGCUCAGCACCGAAAUAUCAUAAGGAACUGAUUUAUAAACAUGUAUCCGUGAAGAGCCUGCGGUCUUCAUCACAAUACUGGCUGAGUGUUCCUAGUGUGGAUAAACACAGAAAAAAGUCGUAAAGAGUGCGCUCUUUUGAAGCGAUAGCGCCAAAAUUAUGGAAAAGUUUGCCUUAAUCUUUGAGAGGAAUUGUAAAUGAUAAAAAAUCAUUUAAGAAUCAAUUAAAAACUUUUUUGUUUAAAUAGAUUUCGGAGGACCAGAACGCAGUGAGCAGGCUUAAGUGGCAUGGAUACCGGCGCGAUAAGUGGCAUGGAUACCGGCGCGAUAAGUGGCAUGGAUACCGGCACGAUAGCAAUAUCAAAUCAAAUUUAAAAAAAAAAACACGAAAUCAUUCCUCGUUUGAAGACGUCUGCUUCAGCUCUCACGGAGAAGUUCACAUGCGUUCUCUGUUUUUGUUAAAUCUCCGUAGGCACGAAUCUCUUCAACCCCACCCCCCACCACACCCCCGUCUUUCCCCGCCCACCCCCAUUUCAAUUCGUUCAAUUUCUCCUGUGACAAGUAUCCACCAAUUUAAUGGAGGUGUGUCGUGCCUGUGAAGCAUCAUUUUGAUACAAGCUCCUUUGCUUACUGCCUUUUUUAAAGAAAGCGUAAUCCUUACAUAGAUCAAGCCGGCACAACAUACGGCCCGCGGGCCACAUGCGGUCCUCCAGCAUCCAUUUUGCAGGCCUGCGAAGUAACGAAAUAUUCUUUUUUUUUUUUUUUUUUUUAAAACCCCCCCCCCCCCCCCAACUGUCCUCUUUUCUUUCAGCCCGCACAAGUUUUAGAUAAAAUGUUACGGCACGCCCUAUAUUUUAAGUCUUGCAGGCCUGGCAUGCAACAAAGACAGUUUUAGUAUUUUAAGCUAUUAAUUUAUUAUUUUAAGUUAUCUCAAGGCGAUACAAAUAUUUUUUUUUCCUCUUAUUUGCAAGAAGACAACGUUUUCACGUUACAAACAAUAAGUCGCGGUUUUAAUGUUGUUUCCAUCAGGCAAGUCUUUUUAAACAAGGAGACAGGAAAGCUCUACAGGGAAAAUGAGAUCAUGACGAGACCACAGCUGGCCGAGACAUUGAGGGUUAUCGCUGAUGAAGGAGCCAACGCAUUCUAUAACGGUUCUCUGACUGAUCAAAUUGUGGAUGACCUUAAAGACAUGGGUAAGCACAGUAUAGCUAUAGACCUUAAGGUCUAAGGGCUACUAGUUAAUCGCUAAAUUCCUUUUUACAUAAUAUAAUUGAAGCUUUCAACUUAAAAUGUGCUUUCCUUUAGCUUUGACACAGUUACCCAUAUCUUAAAGUGCAUGUUUACCAUGCAAUAAAUUGGACACUUCACUAGUUGACAAAAAAAAAUGUUUCUAAAAGAACAAAUAUGUUGGUUUAAUUUUAAAAGAAAAAUGCAGAAUAAUUGUACACACAUAGCUUCAAUGUUAGGCAUAUUCGUGACGUCAUUUGCUCACAGAAUUCGCUGUGGACAUGCAGCACAUACGACUAUUUAAAGAAGAUUUUAAGAGCCCCAAUAUUGUGGUAUACAAAAGUAGAAUGAUCUAUCAACAUUGAAUGCAAGGAACAAAACACCGAAAAGUGGAGGUGAACCUUCCAAAGACAAGCAAUUGCUUUGGAUUUAUCUCCACCUUCUCUGUCCUCUUAAGACUGUGAUCUGUACGAACGAUCAGCCUUGUGGCGGCUAUAUGCGAUAAAAAUACCAAACCAACACAAACACACAACUAUGCAAACACACACACCACUCACAAACACACAUAGCAAAAAACAUAUAUAUCAAAAUAUAUAUGAGAUAGGUCAAUGUUUUGUAUAUCUCAGGAUCAAUCAUCACACGCAAUGAUUUCAUCAACUAUGAAGUCAUUGAAAAGAAACCUCUAGAGAUAACUCUCAAUGGUGGAGUUAGAGUUAUUUCCCCUCCCGCACCAAGUGGAGGCGCUGUGUUGUCUUUCAUUUUAAACGUGUUAGAUGGUGAGUCGAUACGUGUGGUGAUUAAUAUCUGUGUUUAAUGUGCUCUAAAGUUCAAUACCAAGUGUAUUUCUAUUCAAUAUCUUUAAUUGAGUUAAACAUCGUUAAAUUGACCUUGUACAUAUUUAUAAGACGGAGGGGGUAAGGGUGGUGGUUACUGCCCUUAAACCUUUUGCCUCUAACUUACUGCCCCUAACUUACUAGCUCUAACUUACUGCCCCUUACUUACUAGCUCUAACUUACUGCCCCUAACUUACUAGCUCUAAGUUACUGCCCCUACCUUACUAGCUCUAACUAACUGCCCCUACCUUACUAGCUCUAACCAACUGCCCCUAUUUGACUAGAUCUAACUUACUAGCUCUAACUUACUGCCCCUAAAUUACUAGCUCUAAGUUACUGCCCCUACCUUUCUAGCUCUAACUUACUGCCCCUACCUUACUAGCUCCAACCAACUGCCCCUAUUUGACUAGAUUUAACUUACUGCCCCUAACUUACUACCUCUAAGUUACUGCCCCUACCUUACUAGCUCUAACUUACUGCCCCUACCUUACUAGCUCUAACUUACUGCUGCUAACUUACGGCUUUAACUUAUUGCCGCUAUCUAUUCCCCUUAACUUAUUGCCUGAAGCUUAUGGCCCCUUAAAAGCCCAUAUGUCACUUAAGAAUGAUGAAUUACUAAAGACCAUAAGAAUUGGAGAAGAGCAAUAAUGUUGUCACGAAUAAAUUAAUCAACAUUUUAUCAAACAUGAAAGUCGUCCAUUUUAUUUUGACUAAAUAUCAUUCUAAAUGUUUCACUUUAACAUUUCAUAUUCUAAAUGUUUCACUUUAACAUUUCUUAUAAAGUUUCUAGGGUUCAAAGUGCUAAUUAAGUGUAUAGGGGUCAAAGUGCUAAUAAACUAUCCAGGAAUCAAAGUGCUAAUAAAGCGUCCCGUGGUCACGUGCUAAUACGAUGUCCUGGGGUCAAAGUGUUACAGAUAUGCCCAGGGGUAAAAGUUCUAAGAAUGUUCCAUGGGUAUUCAUAGUACUAAUAAUUUUUCAGAAGUAAGUGUGCUAAUAAAAUGUCCAGGGGUCAAAGUGCAGGUAAUUUUUUCUGGGUCGAAAUAGUUGACAUAGAAUUAUAUAUUGAUUAAAUUUAAAAAAAAGAAGUAAUUAUUGACGUAUCUAAGAUUCUGCUUGUAUUAAUGUGGUCUCUUGUCUCCAUACAUUGAUGUAACACUCAUGUUGUACUAAUGUGGACUCUUGUCUCAAUACAUUGAUGUAAUACUAAUGUUGUACUAAUGUGGUCUCUUGCCUCCAUACAUUGAUGUAAUACUAAUGUUGUACUAAUGUGGUCUCUUGUCUCCAUACAUUGAUGUAAUACUAAUGUUGUACUAAUGUGGACUCUUGUCUCCAUACAUUGAUGUAAUACUAAUGUUGUACUAAUGUGGACUCUUGUCUCCAUACAUUGAUGUAAUACUAAUGUUGUACUAAUGUGGUCUCUUGCCUCCAUACAUUGAUGUAAUACUAAUGUUGUACUAAUGUGGGCUCUUGCCUCCAUACAUUGAUGUAAUACUAAUGUUGUACUAACGUGGACUCUUGCCUCCAUACAUUGAUGUAAUACUAAUGUUGUACUAAUGUGGACUCUUGUCUCCAUACAUUGAUGUAAUACUAAUGUUGUACUAAUGUGGACUCUUGUCUCCAUACAUUGAUGUAAUACUCAUGUUGUACUAAUGUGAUCUCUUGCCUCCAUACAUUGAUGUAAUACUAAUGUUGUACUAAUGUGGACUCUUGCCUCCAUACAUUGAUGUAAUACUAAUGUUGUACUAAUGUGGUCUCUUGCCUCCAUAUAUUGAUGUAAUACUAAUGUUGUACUAAUGUGGUCUCUUGCCUCCAUACAUUGAUGUAAUACUAAUGUUAUACUAAUGUGGACUCUUGCCUCCAUACAUUGAUGUAAUACUAAUGUUGUAAUAAUGUGGUCUCUUGCCUCCAUACAGUUGAUGUUAUACUAAUGUUGUACUAAUGUGGUCUCUUGCCUCCAUACAUUGAUGUAAUACUAAUGUUAUACUAAUGUGGACUCUUGCCUCCAUACAUUGAUGUAAUACUAAUGUUGUAAUAAUGUGGUCUCUUGCCUCCAUACAUUGAUGUUAUACUCAUGUUGUACUAAUGUGAUCUCUUGCCUCCAUACAUUGAUGUAAUAGUAAUGUUGUACUAAUGUGGACUCUUGCCUCCAUACAUUGAUGUAAUUCUAAUGUUGUACUAAUAUGGACUCUUGUCUCCAUACAGUUGAUGUAAUACUAAUGUUGUACUAAUGUGGACUCUUGUCUCCAUACAUUGAUGUUAUACUAAUGUUGUACUAAUGUGGUCUCUUGCCUCCAUACAUUGAUGUAAUAGUAAUGUUGUACUAAUGUGGACUCUUGCCUCCAUACAUUGAUGUAAUUCUAAUGUUGUACUAAUAUGGACUCUUGUCUCCAUACAUUGAUGUAAUACUAAUGUUGUACUAAUGUGUUCUCUUGCCUCCAUACAUUGAUGUAAUACUAAUGUUGUACUAAUGUGGACUCUUGCCUCCAUACAUUGAUGUAAUACUAAUUUUGUACUAAUGUGGACUCUUGUCUCCAUACAUUGAUGUAAUUCUAAUGUUGUACUAAUAUGGACUCUUGUCUCCAUACAUUGAUGUAAUACUAAUGUUGUACUAAUGUGGUCUCUUGCCUCCAUACAUUGAUGUAAUACUAAUGUUGUACUAAUGUGGACUCUUGUCUCCAUACAUUGAUGUAAUACUAAUGUUGUACUAAUGUGGACUCUUGUCUCCAUACAUUGAUGUUAUACUAAUGUUGUACUAAUGUGGACUCUUGCAUCCAUACAUUGAUGUAAUACUAAUGUUGUACUAAUGUGGACUCUUGCCUCCAUACAUUGAUGUUAUACUAAUGUUGUACUAAUGUGGACUCUUGCCUCCAUACAUUGAUGUUAUACUAAUGUUGUACUAAUGUGGACUCUUGUCUCCAUACAUUGAUGUUAUACUAAUGUUGUACUAAUGUGGACUCUUGCCUCCAUACAUUGAUGUUAUACUAAUGUUGUACUAAUGUGGACUCUUGCCUCCAUACAUUGAUGUUAUACUAAUGUUGUACUAAUGUGGACUCUUGUCUCCAUACAUUGAUGUUAUACUAAUGUUGUACUAAUGUGGACUCUUGUCUCCAUACAUUGAUGUUAUACUAAUGUUGUACUAAUGUGGACUCUUGUCUCCAUACAUUGAUGUAAUACUAAUGUUGUACUAAUGUGGACUCUUGUCUCCAUACAUUGAUGUUAUACUAAUGUUGUACUAAUGUGGUCUCUUGUCUCCAUACAUUGAUGUUAUACUAAUGUUGUACUAAUGUGGACUCUUGUCUCCAUACAUUGAUGUUAUACUAAUGUUGUACUAAUGUGGACUCUUGUCUCCAUACAUUGAUGUUAUACUAAUGUUGUACUAAUGUGGUCUCUUGUCUCCAUACAUUGAUGUUAUACUAAUGUUGUACUAAUGUGGACUCUUGUCUCCAUACAUUGAUGUUAUACUAAUGUUGUACUAAUGUGGUCUCUUGCCUCCAUACAUUGAUUUAAAAUAAAAACCAAAACAUAGUCUUACAAAUUAUUUCGUUUUUGUCUUUUACUUACCAGGCUACUAUUUAACCCCCGAAGACAUCGCCUCUGAUGACUCUAAAACGUUGACCUAUCAUAGAAUCAUCGAAACCUUUAAAUACGCCUUUUCCAAGCGGACAGGCCUGGCAGACGAUCGUUUUGUUCAUGAAGUCAAAGGGGUAUUUGAUGGAUUGAUAGGGGUAUUUGAUGGACUGAUAGGGGUAUUUGAUGGACUUAUAGGGGUAUUUGAUGGAUUGAUAGGUGUAUUUGAUGGACUGAUAGGGGUAUUUGAUGGACUGAUAGGGGUAUUUGAUGGACUGAUAGGGGUAUUUGAUGGACUGAUAGGGGUAUUUGAUGGAUUGAUAGGGGUAUUUGAUGGACUGAUAGGGGUAUUUGAUGGACUGAUUCAUCUUUGUGGGAGUUUUUUUUUUUUGUUUG